GCGCAAGUACAGGGUAGUAGUUCCUGGCGGGUUGAUUCAAAAAGAAACGCAAAACAAUAUGGAUUUACUAUCAGCGCUACGGUUUCUGAGGUUAAAUGAAAUUCCAGCAGGUAAAUUUUUUGUAAGUCUGUGUCAUGUAGACCACUUUUUUCACUCAGACAGGUGACGGUGGUCAAAAUUAUUCGGAUAUUUCAGGUUGGUCGGUACGUAAAGGUAGCUCAAACUGUAACUUUCCCGGGCUUUGUACUCUGCAGUGACCGGCUCAGCAAACCCCGAUGAUAAACAUCAGAAACUCAUACGAAGUGCCUGCUUUUGGAUGAAUAAUACUGUAAAACGGAACAUUGGACGUUAGACGUAAAUCGAGAGGUGAAUUCGGUGAUAUUGUGAACUAAAACUACCUGCUGUGCUGCUCCUCAGCUGAUACGUUUUGUAUUAGCUUGUGGUGAUAAAAUAAAACUGAGAGGCUUUGUUUCUUAUCAUGGAAAAGAAGAAUCAAAUCUCUGAAGGUCCGAGCUCUAUUAAAAAAGCGAUGUCAAGUCAGUCUUAUCUACCAUGGCAGCGCUUUGCAGAGUUGAGAAAGUUACAGUGGAGAGGAACAACUUCCUUUAACAGGCAGAAACCUAGGGAAGAACCAGACUAAUAUUAGACAGUCAUCUGCCACCACUGUUUGGAGAUAGUAAAGGGGAUACAUUUAGACUGUGGGAGAAAUACAGAGAGAACCCUCUCAUGGACUUGGAGAACAUGCAAAGUCCACACAAGGAGGGUCCUAUUUGGCAGCUCAGGAUUUGGACUGAAACCUUCCUGCUUUAAGGCAAAGGGCUAGCCACGGCUCACUGUAUUGCCACUGAUAGUGUUAGUAUGUUAUAAAUAUGAGAAGGAUGAAAACAAAGUUCAGCAAGUCAAUAAUUCUUAUUAUAAAACGUAAAUUCACAAUGAAAAUAAUGUGUAAAGAGGUCAUUUUCUGCUAUGAUCUGUGCAGUUCUUGAAAUAAAUAGAGCCUCUAAAAUCUUGACAAAGAUGUGCCUGUAACCUAAGGAUUGAUCAAAUUAAAGCAAUUGCUACUUUGGUUUGCUACACAAUUGUUUUGGUAAUUAUUUGGCAAUUCAUUAAUUAUUUUGGUCACUCAAAAACAAAGCUUUCCUCCAGUAAACAAGGGUUUUUGGGGGUCAUAUAAUACUACACGAUUGAGAGAGCACACAGCAGGAACAAUCAAAGUUGAGAGUGUUUUUUACAAUCAAACUGCUUAUACUGUCGACUAAAUGUGAGCCACUUUUUUCGACAGUUUUGGGGUAGUUAAACUUAAAAUGUAUAAAUGUCAACAUUCUGAGGAGAAUUAGAAUUUUUCCUCAGGCUGUGAAACACUAUCAGCUGUAGUAUUGUGGAAACUUGGGUGAUGUUAUACAUGUUGUGAUUUUCAGCCUGGGUGGAUGAAGUGUGGGACUUGGAAUUCACUGAGAGAAAACAGCUUGAUGACACCAUCGCAGGAGAACUGGAAGUCGUUGGAGAAAAGGACUUCAGAAAACUGUACCAGUGUUUACUGACCCAUGCUGCUGAGCAACAACAUUCUGCAGGCAUCGAUGGAGCUUCACAGGUACAACAGAGCUGACAUCUACACUGGACGCUCACUUGAAUAGUGAGAUGAAGAACUAUACUGUAUACUGUACUAUACUGUAUUUUUAGGUUGAUGAAUUAAGUUUUGGUUUUGUUGAUGUAAGCAUUUCUGAGAGUUUCUUUCAUGGUAUUUGACUUUUAACUAUAUGUUUAAAUAUGGAUACAAGGGGAUUAAGAUGAUAUACCAUAUGUUACUGAAAUGUACUGAAGCUAGUGGCUCUAAAAAAUACAGACUGUAUGUACCUCAAAAACUUCCUGUUGUCUCACAUAGAUUAAAAACAUCAUCACUGUUUUCCUGUCUAGUAGAAGCUGUUAAAAUACGCUGUCUCCCACGUUUCCCUGCAGAGUGUCUGGGCCAUGCUGGGGAGCAACGCUGUGUCAGUCAAGUCUCUGGUGGCAGUGCUGUCCUUCUUCAUUCUGGCAGGAAAAGCAAAGAUGGCCAAUGGCCAAGUGAGAGUGAGCGCCCUGCAUGCUGCCUCAGUUUACCUGCUGCUGUUGGGAAUCCCAGGUGAGGAAAUUAGAGUGAGACACAGGUUGUGAGGUCUGCAAGCAGUUUCAGUGCAGCCACCAGGUCACAUUCUAAUCUGCCUCAGUAAAGUUCCACGCUGAGGUAUUGACAUAUCAAAAACUUCAGUGAUUAUUUCGGCAAGCGGUUACCACUCUGCACACUAUUUCGAUGUCGUGUCAAUCAAGUUUUCUUGUUUAUAGGCCUGGCUAUCAUUUCUGUUGGUUCUGAUGUUGUAUUUAUCAGGUGAAUUGCAGGGAUCAAAGAAAAAGAGCACUUUGUUUUGAAAUAACAAAAGUCAGAUCAAUAAACAGGAACAGCAGAAAGUUUUGAUAUAAUCAUUGAUUCAUUCUGGUUUCUGGUUAUUAAGAUAUCUUUUCCUUGCCUCUGUUAAUACAACUCAUCAGCAGUAUAUCUUAUAAAGUCUUCCAAAUUAUUAGGAGUAGACCGGUUAUUGGCCCUGGCCAGUUGCUGGCUGAUAAUCUUUUUCAGUGUUGUAUUCUACAGACCACACAUAGAGUUAAUUAAUGAAAACUUAUACCACUCUGGCUCUGUUGCUUGUGUGUCUGUCCCUCUGAGUUUGUUUUCAUUCACAAAUGUGUCUCACUUGAGUACCACUGACAAUACUCUCUCUGAUAGGCUAGAAUCACUUUACUGUGAACUAACUGUGCUGUGAGUGUAAAUGGUUAAGGGUUUGCUCCUGUUUAUGAUGUUAAAUGUUUUGGUCAAAUAUUGGCUAAAGGAGUUUAAACAAAGUUUUGUGUUAGAUUUUCUAACUACAGAUUCUACAUGUUUACCAAAAGAUUGUCACAUGCAGGAAUGGGGGGUGAGACAUACAACAAAGGGUCAAGGCCAGGAGUCAAACCAGCGAAUGCUGUGGCAGGGUCUGUAGCCUUUACUAGAUAUGGGGUGCUUAGGCCACAUGGCCAUCAGUGCCCCUUCAACCUUUUUUUAAAAAAAUAUUAUUAUUAUUUUUUUAGUUUUACAAUUUAGUCAUGACCACAGAUGAUCUGUGUGUUGGCGAGGUUUGUUGUUGGUGAUGUAGCCCAAGUCCUAAACUUGAGUGCAGAGGAGCAUCUGUAGUAUAGCCAGCUGAGAGGAUCAUUAGAGUUUAAGUGCUGCAGAGAGAUACAGUGAGCAUGACUAUAAACAACAAAAUGUCUUAUUGUGACACUCUAAAAGUGUUUUGUUAAACUGACAUGGUUAUUUAUUGAAAAACACAGACUUAAGGGAAGCUUUUCAGUAAUACUAAUGGAGACCGGCACACAGUCCACUUAGGCAAGGUUGAUUUACAGACUUCAGUUCCAGUUGACUCCUCUGUGUCGUAACGCUGCAGCACUUCCCCCAUCUAAAUCUAACACUAAUGUACAGCAGAGUGUAUCAUUCACAGUUUUUGAUAUGAACUCCUGUUCAUGUGUUUUUUGUUUCCAGGAAGUAUUGUCCACAAGGUUUUCCAUGAGAUUUUAUUGGACACAUGUUUAGACUUGACCUCUCACUGCUGGCCUCAGGACUGUGGGAAGAAGCGCAAGAAAGACAGUCUGAAGAGUUUGCAGGCAGAGGGCAAACGCUCUAAACCCCAGAGGAGAGACGCUUUAGAGGUACAGUACUAUUCAGACCUCCGUCAAACCUACAGGGCCAUUAUGGUAGAUGGAGUGCAGAUGGAUGCAGUAAGAGCUUUUCUUAUCUUCUCACCACCCAAAGUGCACAAAUACCAUUUACCCUUUUCCAUUCUUAUUAGUACAGUGAUGGCAGUGAGCAGGUAGUGCAUGUAGAGGGAACCUUUUUCUCCUUAAAUACUUAUCAGCAUUAAUAAGGACAAGUCCACAAGUUAAUUACAACUGUAAAGACAGUACAAGGGCAACUGAGGUGAGAAGUAACUAGUAUGAAGAAGCAACCAAACUGUGCUCAGUAUGAAGAUCAUCAUCAUCAUCAACCCGCUUCAACUUUCUGAAGAAAGUUGGAAUAAAAAAUCAUUCAUGUCAUUUUCAGGAGUGCUGUGCAUGUGUGGGAGGGGGCUGCCAACUGUGUUUACUAACUCAGGGUGGGAAUAGAUGUGCUUUCAUUGAUACCAAUAUUAUUAUUGAUUCUGCUUAUCAGUCUUAUUCUCUAUCUAUUGCCUUGUCAAUUCUUAUGGAUUUUCUGUGUAAAAAAAUACAGUAGAGCUGUUCAGUUAUGUCAAAAGCCAUAAUAAUGAUUUUUUAAAUUAAAGUUGAUAUUGAUAUCACAGUUAUGAACAAUGAUUAGAGGAAUUUUUUCAACUUAAAACCUCUUAAGUUUUUGACAAACUCAAUGAGUGGGGAAACAAUUGUUAGGCCUACCUGUGUUUACUGAAGAAUGUCUGUCUAAAAUGAUGAUUGAAAUUAUUUAAAAAUCAAGUGUACUACUACUGAGAGAGACCAUGCAUCUACAGUAUAUCACAAAAGUGAGUACACCCUUUAGAUUUUUGCAAAUAUUCUGUUAUAUCCUUUCAGGGGAUAACACUAUCUUAAUGAAACUUUGAAAUAAUGCAAAGUAGUCAGUGUGCUGCUUGAAUAACAGUAUAGAUUUAUUGUCAAUUGAAAAUUACUCUGUACACAGCUGUAAACGUCUAAACAGCUGGCAACAAAAAUGAGUACACCCCGUAGUGAACAUGUCUAAAUUGUGCCCAAAGUGUCAAUAUUUUGUGUGACCACCAUUGUUAUCUAGCACUGCUUUAACCCUCCUGGGCAUGGAAUUCACCAGAGCUGCACAGGUUGCUUCUGGAAUCUUCUUCCACUCCUCCAUGGCGACAUCACGGAGCUCAUGGAUGUUGGACACCUUGCACUCCUCCACCUGCCUCUUGAGGAUGCCCCAAAUGUGCUCAACUGGGUUUAGGUCUGGAGACAUACUCGGCCAGUCCAUCACUUUAACCUUCAGCUUCUUCAGCAAGGCUGUUGUCAUCUUGGAGGUGUGUUUAGGGUCAUUAUCAUGUUGGAAAACCGCCCUACGGCCCAGUUUCCGGAGAGAAGGGAUCAUGCUCUUCUGCAGGAUGUCACAGUAUAUAGUGGAAUUCAUGUGUCCCUCAAUGAACUGCAGCUCCCCAGUGCCGGCUGCACUCAUGCAGCCCCAGACCAUGAUGCUGCCACCACCAUGCUUGACUGUAGGCAAAACACAUUUGUCUUGGUACUCCUCACCAGGGUGCCGCCACACACGCCGGACACCAUCUGAUCCAAACAGGUUUAUUUUGGUCUCAUCAGAUCACAGGACAUGGUUCCAGUAACUCAUGUUCUUCGAUUCAUUGUCUUUAGCAAACUGUUUGCGGGCUUUCUUAUGCAGCGGUUUCAGAAGAGGCUUCUGUCUGGGGCGACGGCCAUACAAACCAAUUUGAUGCAGUGUGCGGCGUAUGGUCUGGACACUGACAGGCUGACAUCCCACUUCUGCAACCUCUGCAGCAAUGCUGGAAGCACUCACACGUCUAUUUUUGGAAACCAACCUCUGGAUAUGACGCUGAGCACGUGGACUCAACUUUUUAGGUCGACCCUGGCGAGGCCUGUUGCGAGUGGAACCUGUCCUGGAAAACCGCUGUAUGAUCUUAGCCACUGUGCUGCAACUCAUUUUCAGGAUGUUGGCAAUCUUCUUAUAGCCAAGGCCAUCUUUGUGAAGCGCAAUAAUCCUUUUUUUCAGCUGCUCAGAGAGUUCCUUGCCAUGAGGUGCCAUGUUGUCCAGCGUUCAGAGAGAAUUGUGCCCAAAACACCAAAUUUAACAGCCUUGCUUAUCAUUUACACCUGAAUCCUUUUAACACUAACGAGUCACAUGACACCAGGGCGGGAAAACGACAUCAUUGGGCACAAUUAGGACAUGUUCACUGCGGGGUGUACUCACUUUUGUUGCCAGCUGUUUAGACAUUAACAGCUGUGUACUGAGUAAUUUUCAAAGGACAAUAAAUCUAUACUGUUAUUCAAGCAGCACACUGACUACUUUAAGUUAUAUCAAAGUUUCAGUAGGAUAAUGUUAUCCCCUGAAAGGAUAUAACAGAAUAUUUGCAAAAAUCUAAAGGGUGUACUCACUUUUGUGAUAUACUGUAUGCAUCUAACUUUAGGAGGGAAAAUUUACUCAACGAAAUGCCUGUAAAUUCAGUGAAUGAAACAAAACCCUCUGUGUCCUCGUUAAAAUUGAAGGAUUUGAGCUUUCAUUACAUUUGAUCACAGGCUGCAGAUUUAACAAAUUGUUUAGUCUUUUAUGUAACAUCCUUUAAAAGAUUAGUCCAUGAGCCAACACCCCAAAAUUGACCCAUCGCAAUAAAUUGGGUGGGCAAUUUCUGGUUUGUUUUUUUGAGUUGCUCCACAUCCCUAGUUUAUGGAUUGGCAUGAUAACCCUUGCAGACUGGUAGCUUAGUGAUUGUUAUCAUGCAUUUAAUCUAUGGAGUCCUGUAGCAGAAAUACCUGAAUUUCGUAUGGUGCUUGUUUGCUAUUAUGGGGCUUGUGGACUACUUGUUGACUGCUCUGCCCCCCUAAAUCAUUCUGAUUUAUUCCUAAGUCAUUGGAGAACUGAAAAAAAUAGUUUGAUUUGUUGUCCGGAUGAAAUUUAAGACUUUUAUAGCCCUCUUUUAAAAAAAUAUUCAUAGGCAGAAAUAGCAUUUUUAUUUUUCUCUUGUGUGUCUUUUCUCAGCAGAGCAAUUGGGUAAUAUUUGCAUCAUUUUAGGCACUGGAUUUGAAAUCUGACAAGUCUUACCUUUCAGCAGGUACCAAAUUUAUGCCUGUAGCCCUUAUAGUUUUGGAAAUACACACAAUUUUAUAUGCAUGUUGUAAUAUGCAGAAUUUUGGCUGGAUUGGAUCAAGACUCCAGAAUAAGAAUAAGAAGAACUUUAUUGAUCCCCAAAGGGAAAUUCAAUUGUCUGUUGUCUCACAUAAUAUGUCUAUAAAAGUUAUCUAUUAUUUACAUAAGAGUUAUAAAGCCUGAUGGCUGUUGGUACAAAAGAUCUUUUGAAUCUUUCUGUCCUGCAGCGAAGAGAGAGGAGCCGUCCACCACCAUUGGCCCUUUGGUCCAUUAAGGCGUUGUGAAGUGGGUGAUCCAUGUUCUUUAGAAUAGACUCCACCUUCCUCAGUGUAGAUCUCUCCACCACAUCCUCCACUGAGUCCAGCUUGAGUCCAACCACAGAGCCAGCCUUUUUCACCAGUUUGUUAAGACAUCUCACAUCUUUGUGUUUGAUGUUUCCUCCCCAGCAGACUGCAGCGUAGAACAGAACACUUGCCAACACAGACUGAUAAAACAUCUGCAGCGUCUUACUACUGAUGUCUAUUGAUUGGAGUCUUCUCAGGCAAAAGAGGCGGCUCUGCCCCUUUCUGUAGAUGAAAUCUGUAUUCUUAGACCAGUCCAACUUAUUAUCCAGAUGUAAAUUUAGGUAUUUAUAUGAUGUUACCACUUCGAUGUCCACUCCACACGUGUUCACUGGCUGAAGAGGGGGUUUAGAUCUACGGAAGUCUAUGACCAUCUCCUUUGUCUUUGAGGUGUUGAGGAGGAGGCAGUUUUUGUGACUUCAGUCACUGAAGGCUCUUAUCAGAUCUCUGUAUUCAGCUUCUUGUCCAUUUCUGAUACAUGCCACAAUAGCAGUGUCAUCUGAAUAUUUCUGAAUGUGGCAGGACUCAGUACUGUAUUUGAAGUCUGACGUAUACAGUGUGAACAGGAAUGGCGCCAGCACUGUCCCUCUGUAGUCAUUGAGUUCAGCAGGACAUUUUGUUCUUGGUACUGGCAAAUGUUUUCCACAGAGUAGGUACCCGCCCCAGCUGUAGACUCAGGUUGAAGAUCUUGUGGAGAAGUUGACACAGUCCUGUAGCACAGUCUCUAAGCAGCCUUGGACACACACCAUCUGGACCAGCUGCCUUUCCAGGACAAAGUCUUCCAAGCUCCAUCCUCACCCCUGUUUCUGUGACAGACAAGGGCUGGUGUUCUAGGAGGGAGGGAGUUGAAGUGGUUGAGACAUUUGAACGAGAUGGAGGAGGAAGGGGAGAAGUUGUAGUGGAGAUUUGUUGCAGAGAAGAAGGUGAAGUAGGAGUGGAAGUGGGAGUGACAGCAGUGUCAAAUCUGUUGAAGAACAGGUUGAGUUCAUCAGCUCUUUCCACAUCACCCACCACUGGCUGUCUUUUCUUUAUACUGCUGUGUCCAGAGAUGAUACUGAUUCCUCUCCACACUUCACAGAUGUUGCUGUGUUGUAGAUUCUUCUUGUUGCUUUCCAGCUUUGCCAUCUUCAGUCUCCUCUUCAACUCUUGUUGCACUUGUUUGAGUCGUUCUUUAUCACCAUCUUUAAAAGCUUUCUUUUUCUGGUUAAGGAUUGCUUUUAUGUCUCUUGUGACAUAUUCAGUAAAGCAGUCAACCUGUUUGUCAAUGUUCAUACUAUCCACAUCUGUUUCCAGCAGCACAUUCCAGUCUGUUGAUUUAAAACAGUCCCUUAGAGCUUCACUGGCUUGAGGUGUCCAUCUUCUGAUUUUGACUUCGGCCACAGGCUGCCUCAGUACAUAAGGCUGUAACAGGUUUGCAAAUAGACCAAGUUAUGAUCUGACUUGCCCAGUGGUGGUAAGGCAGUGGCUCUGUAGGCUUCUUUGACGUUGGCAUACAGCAGAUCCAGGGUCUUGUUUUCUCUGGUAGGACAGUUCACAAACUGUGUGAAUCCAGUCAGGUGAGAGGAGAGGGUGACAUGGUUGAAGUCUCUUGAUAUUAUUAGUGCCUCAGGGUGUUGAGUCUGUAGCCUGGCAACACUAUUUUGCAAAACAUCGCAACAUUCCUCAGUUGAUUUGGGUGGAAUUUAAACAACAUUUAAACAACUACUGUUAUGAUAUGACUAAAUUCUCUUGGAACAUAAUAUGGCUGAAGAGCAACUGCCAACAGUUCAAUAUCUGGACAACACAACUUCUCCUUGACAGUUAUGUGUGCAGGGUUACACCAUCUCUGGUUGACAAAUAAAGCCAGACCUCCUCCUUUCUUCUUGCCACUACCUUAAACAUCUCUGUCUGACUUUAUGAGAGUGAAGCCACGUAGAUCCACGCUGGAGUCUGAGUUGUUUUGAUUCAACCAGGUUUCAGUAAAACACAGGAAACUGCACUCACGGUAUGCUUUCUCAGUCUUCACCAAUAUCUCCAGCUCAUCGCUUUUGUUGGGCAGAGAGUUGAUGUUUCCCAUGAUGAUUGAUGGGAGAAAGGGUUCAUAUCGCCAUCUCCUGGUAGUGCAAUGGAUAGCACAUUCUUUACCUUUUUUACCUUUUUUGUGUUGUUCACCUUCACUGGAUUCAGUAGCCAUGUCUUUCCUGGGCUGUCCAUCAAGUUUCUGAAACACUGAGAUAAAAUAUAUUUUAAAAGGGUUGUGAGAAUAAUUUGCUAAUUUAAAUGUGCAAUAUGUAGCUUGCACCUUUUAAAAUGUGAAUAGGCCUACCAAGUUCUAUACAUGCUAGUACAACGUGUGUGUGUGUGUGUGUGUGUGUGUGUGUGUGUGUGUGUGUGUGUGUGUGUGUGUGUGUGUGUGUGUGUGUGUGUGUGCAGCUUUAAUUUGUUUAUCUUUCAGAUCAACAAGCUAGCUUGCUGACUAGCAUUUGCUAACACAACUAUCAUCCUGAUCUACAUUACAUUUAUUGGCUUUCUCCCAUAACAUUUAUGGUACAUUAUUGUGACAGCAGGUUCAUUGUUUUUGUGGUUUCAAUUCACCAAAUGCAGUUCUAUCUCCUCCUCUAAUGAAACAAUAUCAAUCUCCCUCCCCAUCAUUUGUCUCAGCAAACCUAGCUUGCGCUGUUGGAGCAGUCACACCCCCAGUGGCAUCACUUCACCAAUAAUAGUCAUAUCACAACAUAACACACCCCCAAAUAUUUUAUUUUAUCACCAGAUGUGUUUGAUUAAUGUAGGUUGAAUAAUUCACAUGGGAAACAGAAAAUCUUUCUUACCUAAGUGAUUGAGAGAUGAGUGUAACAGCUUGGAGAUGUCAAAAACCAGAAAAUCUUGUUGUGCAUGUGAACAUAAAAAUGUAUGUAUUUCCAAAACUAUAAGGGCUACAGGCAUAAAUUUGGUACCUUCUGAGAGGUGAGACUUGUCAGAUUUUAAAUCCAGUGUCUAAAAUGAUGCAAAUAUUACCCAAUUGCUCUGCUGAGAAACGAUACACAAGAGAAAAAUAAAAAUGCUAUUUCUGCCUAUGAAUAUUUUUUAAAAAGAGGGCUAUAAAAGUCUUAAAUUUCAUCUGGACAACAAAUCAAACUAUUUUGUUUAGUUCUCCUAUGACUUAGGAAUAAAUCAGCCCCAUAAUAGCAAACAAGCACCAUACGAAAUUCAGGUAUUUCUGCUACAGGAUUCCAUAGAUUAAAUGCAUGAUAACUAUCACUAAGCUACCAGUCUGCAAGGGUUAUCAUGCCAAUCCAUAAACUAGGGAUGUGGAGCAACUCAAAAAAACAGCCCACCCGAUUUUUUGCAUUUAGUGGUCUGGCUCAUGGACUAUAUUGAGACUGGUGGUAUGACAGCCUCUCUCUCAUUCUGCUCAUUCUGUCUCUCAGCUUUUCAGACACACACAGAAAAACACUUCUGCCUCCUCUCCUCCCUCCUCCUCACUUCCUCUCCUCUCUCCUCCUUCUACUACUCCUCUCCAUCUGUGGCUGCUUAAUAUAUUGUCACCGCUGUUAUAAACGGUGUCGAAAAUACAGGGGCCUACCAUUAAUCCUUACUAGAGCCUUGACAUCCUCUUGCUCCCAAACUUUUAACGUUGAUCUGAGCAGCUUAGGAUGAAGUGAAGGAGAGAGCUUUUUAAGGAGAGCCCACGCUCUGCUGUUAAUGAACAUGAGUGUGCACUUCAAUGGCCAUUCAAAACAUAACUGGGGACAUUACAGUGGGCGGCAGAAUGAUCGGUCAGAUCAGGAAUCCGAACUCACUAUGUUGCUAAAAUCAAUGCAUAAAUCAUCAGUAAUUGCCUUAGUUUUCAAAGGACUGCAUCCAGACAAUGUCUGACAAUACACAGAAACAGAAAGAGUCUGACUUUCUAAGCAAGAAGACUUUGCAGUUAGUUGGUAUGUCAUACUGCUAUGUUAUAAGAGCUUAUAUUAUAAUCCAAACAAUACGCAAGAGGUCAACAGUAAUGGCAAAUGAUGUUUAUGGCUUUAAUUAGUUGGUGCCAAUUCUCUGCUGCGGACACCAAAACAGGUUAUUUUUUUCCUGUUCAGUUAUAUUUUUGAGAUGUCAGAGAGUAACUACCCAUAGAGAACUUUUUGAUGCCCCUCUGAGGGGAAAAAAAACACAAAGCCCUCUCACCACAACAACUUGUGAACCAGCCGCCACUUACCAUAAAAAUGGCCCUUUUAAACGUCUGCUCUCUGCUGAACAAGUCUUUUAUUGUCAAUGACCUGGUUUUAGACCACAAACUGGACUGUUUUUAACUGAAACAUUACUGGGUGCGGAUGCACCAGUUGUUCUCACUGAGCCCCCCCACCUAAUUUUAACUUUGCAUUUUCUGUUAGGUGUGGUAGAAGAGGAGGUGGCACAGCAGCUUUAACCUCAAACACCCUGGCCACCAAACCUGGUUUAUUCGAUAGAUAUACCACUUUUGAGUACAGUGCAAUUGUUUUUAGCAGUACUCCUAUCCUGUGUGUCACAGUAUACAGACCACCCAAGAAAUGCACUGCUUUUACCGGUGAAUUAGCUGAAUUUUUAUCAACUUUACACAACUCCUACAGCAUGAUUGUUUUAACCAGUGAUUUUAACUUGCAAAUAGAUAACUCCUCUGAUCCGAUUUCCACAAAGUUUUUAAAUGAUCUGAAUUAUAUGGAUUGUAUUCAACAUGGCACACAGCCAACUCACAACAGAGGACAAACGCUGGACUUGGUCAUCACCUACGGCAUGUCCACCCGUGUGUCCUCUGUUGUAGCCUUGGUUGUCUUUGACCACUACUGUGUGCUUGUAAAGUCACCGGUUUUAUCCAGCGGGAGACCUCUGUGAGAACUGUGAGGAAGCACCAUCUGACCCCUGAAGUGGCUGCAAAUUUUAUUGAUGUUUUAGAUAAAAGUCCUCCAACUGUUUCACCUGCCCCCUGUGAUUUUAUUGUAGACAAUUUUAACAGAAGGCUACAGACAGCCCUUGAACCAGUCGCUCCACUGAAAACAAAAAAUGUCCGACCCAAAUCCAUACCUCCAUGGAGAAAUGAGGAGCUUAAAAAGUUCAAAAGGCAAUGCGGGGUGGCAGAGCGCAGAUAAAGAAAACACAAAACAACAAUAAAUCAUCAAUUGUUCAAUAAUCAACAAAGAAUCUAAAACAAUGCCAUAAGAACUGCAAGAAACAAUUACGUCUCCAAAAUAAUUACUAACCACAAAAAUAACACCAAAGUUCUCUUUUUAACAAUUGAUAGCAUUUUAAACCCUGAUUUUAAUAAUCGUCAUUUUAAUCCCUCUGACUCCCUCUGUGAGGAAUUUGCAGACCACUUAAUGGGGAAGAUAGACACAAUCAGAUGCAACAUUUUAUCAUGUUAAAUUACUCCUUUUAAUGCAUCUAAGUGUUUGUCUUUACCUGAGGAAACACUGGACAGUUUUGUUCUGGUUAAUGCUGAGAUGCUGGAUAAAGUAUUCUCCUCAGUGAGGCCCACCACAUGUCUUUUAGAUUCUGUCCCAACCUCACUCUUUAAGUUAUUUUAUGAUUCUUUUAGAAACGAGCUUUUAAACAUGAUGAAUUGCUCUCUUCAGAUGGGGGUAUUUCCCGCUGCCUUUAAAGCGGCAGUGGUGAGACCUCUGCUGAAGAAGAGCAAUUUAGAUUUUAAUGAUUUGAACAAUUAUAGGCCAGUGUCUAACUUACCAUUUUUAAGCAAGAUUUUAGAAAAGCUUGUUUUUAUCCAACUUAAAGAAUUUUUAGAUAAUCAUAAUAUUCUUGAAAAGUGUCAGUCUGGUUUUAGGGUGAACCACAGCACAGAGACUGCCUUGGUAAAGAUUUUAAAUGACAUUAGAUCUAAUUAUGAUGCACAAAAGGUGACAGUGUUGGUUCUUCUGGAUCUUAGUGCUGCCUUCGAUACAGUAGACCACACUAUUCUAAACCACCUAAAACACCUUGGCCUCUCAGGUACUGUUCACAGAUGGUUCACCUCCUACUUGACAGACAGGACAUUCAUGGUAAGUGUAGACACGUGCUCCUCCAAAGUCUACAAAAUCACAUGUGGUGUACCCCAGGGUUCGAUUUUAGGCCCUGUGCUUUUUAACCUGUACAUGCUCCUUCUUGGUGGUGUCAUCAGGAGACAUGGGCUGUGUCUCAUUUCAGAGACCGCAUCGACCUAAGUGCCCUUCUGCACCGUCGAACGGUGCAUUUGAAGUGUGCAUGACGUCACGACGGUGCGAACGGUGUCCCGUUUGGCACGAGAUGCUAAAAAAUGCUAAGCGCGCUUAGCAUGUUUUCAAGCGUGCAUUUAUCCACGCUUUCGUGCCGUCGGUAUCCCAGAAUCCUUUGCGUGCCGCUGCACAGCUGCGCAUUUCAGGUGAGAGGCUGGACUCGCUUGGAGACGCAGCGCGUCUUCAAAGAAAUUACAAGCAAUCCAAAAACAGCAGACAGUCAGCUCAGGCUGUAUGAGAGCAUGAUCUCUGAACUCACUAAAAUCUGUUAACCAAACAUUAUAGAUUUAGAGACGAACUGAUCCGCUCUGCUUCAACAAUCAAAAACAUUAGAAAUAAGAAAGCUGACAAAACUACAGCAGAGUAUCAGGACAACAUUGAGGUUUUUUUCUUUUAAGAUUUAGAGAUUAAAGUUGUAAAUUUAGGAGAAUAAAGUCAUAAAGUAAAUAAAGUCAUAAAGCUGCUUUUGCGGAGGGGGAAAUGACUGAAGCUGGUCAUCUGCAGGGUUAUCUGUGGAUGUAUCAGCGGGUCAUUCAGAGAGAUUUUGUGGUUUCUGAAGAAACAAUCAAACUGAUGAUGAUCAACAUUUGUGAUCCAGAGGGAGUCGAGCUCCGACGAGCACCACGUCUCUGACACCGGCCGUAGCCUACACCUGCAGAGACACCAACACCUUAGGUAAACCAUUCAGAUAGGGGAGCUGAUUAGAUUUUCGAUCACAACUGUCAAUGUCACUUUUCACUUUCAGAUGGAAGUGGAUGAAGCAGAGGAUGAGGAAGAUGAGGAGCCUCAUUUCUCAAGCAAGGACUUGAUGAAGAUCAGGGGUGCAGUGGUUUACCUGGUACAGAGCCUCCUCAGACUCCUGCAGACGUUUUCUCUCAAGAACAGACAACAGAGCGCCAGCAACUGCACACAGGUAACUCACAAACGGGCCCUCUCCCCACCACACUGCAGUGUCGUCAUGCUCUAACUGUGUCCCCUUUUCUCUGCAGAUCUUCAGCAAGCUGCUUUACUUUGAGCCUGUUGUUGGACAGCCAAACUUUGCUGUAGAACAGUGAGUUCCUCUAAUCCUGGCUCUUUUUACAUCAUUAGUUAAAGAAAAAGUUAGCUCUGCCCCCCCAAUCACUCUGCUUUAGUCUAACUUCUCAGAGGCAUGAUGGCGGAAAAAAUUGUCCUUUCGCUGUGAUUAUAUUAGAGGUAGUAAGAGGCAAAGUGAGAUGGCUGUAAAAUGUUGGAACUGACAAGAGCAGCGUGUGUGUGUGCAUGCGUGCGUGUGUGUGUGUGUGUGUUUUUGUGAUGCUGCUGCUGUGAGUUAAGAAGUUAUUUCUCUUGUGCUCCCACAACAUCAUCCAGUGACCAUACAGACCGCUUUUUGUUUGUUGCGUCCGAGAGCUGCUCAGAGGAGAGAGGAGGGGUGAAAAGUUAAGAGAGUAGCUAUCACGGAAGUCUUAAAAAGAACACGCCCCAUAUCAGACAACAAGGGAUGCUAGCGGCCACAUUGUUGUGGCACACUUGUUAAAAACUAUAUCCUGUGUAAAUAUUUUGUGUUGAAGCUGACAGGUAAUGUUAUUUCUUCACAGAGAUAUCACCAAGCUGAGGAACAUUUCUGAGAUGGCUUUCUAUGGUCUACGGUUGCUCUGCUCUCCAAAGCACGGUGACCAGAAAGAAGUAAGAUCCAGUAAUCAUCUUCUGUGAUUGGCCAACAGUUGGUGUUCCAUGAACGUUAUUGAAGAUAUUUUUUCUGUAUGUAACACUUGGACUUUAAACCAUCUGUCUUUCCUUGCUGUGUCUCCUUUUUUCAUGACACACAGAGACCACAUGUCCUUAUAGACUCACAUUAGUGUAACACACAAAACAGAGGGAUGGUUCCAGCUUGGAAGAUCAGUUAAUCACAGUUUUGUUGUUGUUGCAGUUGGAGUAUUCACAUUACAGGAGUCAGAAUUUGUUUCAAAAAUGAGACAAAUUAGACAAACAUUCAUAAAAACAUUACUUUCUCAGUCAACAUGGUGAUAUUUUGUAUUAUGGUCAUACUUUCACACCAUUAAUGCAGUCAUAUGAGGCUCCAGUUAGCCAUCAGCUACCUUCAGACCAUUGGUCUGCACAUGAGCACAAUCAUUUUUAGCAUAUUCGAAAGAACUCUGACUCCAUUUCUUGUCGCUCACAUUUGCAGACUUACUUCAAACUUUGUCUAUCUUUUUUUUUCUAAAGGGUUUGGUUUACGCUUUUUUGGAUCCAUACAGCAGGCUUCUCAGUGCAUUGUGCAUGAUUUCUGAAUGAGAAAAUAGAAACAUCCAUGAUCUUUUCUGAUUAACUGCAUAUUCACGUCUAUGCUAACCACAUCUUGGAUUUAGUGUGUGUACCUCAAGCAUACCACUAGAUGUUGUGUAGGAUCAGCUGCUUUGCAGAUAGUCACCUUCUUAAAUAUGUGGUCCAAGUAUUGCUAGAAGAAUCUCAGACUGGACCACUUUCAUCCUGUAAUAUUCCUAAAAGCGAUCAGGGACUACAAAAUCAUCCCAACUACAUGAUAACUUUUUUUGUAAUGUCACAUUUUUGUAAUGUGAAUUCUGUCAUCAAAAUACAAAUAUACUGUUAGUGCUUCAGUCUCAGUGAGCAAGGUCUCUGUGUGGGAUUUUAUUUUUUCCCACCCGAAGAAACAAAAACUCAGAGGUCAAACCAGUGCUGAUUUUAACAUGCAAUCCGUGAAAAACAGCAGCCAGAUAGACAUCUAAACAGAAUUUUCUCUUUUUUUUGUUCAUCACAUUUCAAACCUUUACUACAAUAUUGAACCACCUCACCACACGUAGAAUAUUUUUCUGCUCCAGUGCAGGUGUUGUCCUAACACGCUCUGCUGUCUGUCUCUCAGUCCUUGCGGGGGGUUUUUCACAGGCUCCUCUACGUGAUCCUGAUGAUGAACAAAGGCACCAGAGGGAAGCCCUCCCUCCUUGUACCCAAUCAGGCUGUCCUUGCUACCCGCAACCAGGCCAUCAGUUUUAUUUGGUAAACAGCUUUGUUUAAUCACACUGAGCAGAACUAUAGUCAUAGUUUAAAAACCCAUUUACCAGGACUCUAUUCAGACUGCAGUGACUCUGCUCAGCUGAAUGUGUACCUUUACCCUGAAAGCAUAUUUUGUGUGAUUAGCAUAAGCCAUUAGCCUGUUGAUGGUAAUUGGGUGAAAGUUGGUUCAAAGCUGUACAAGUUGAACUGGUUUGAAUGAUCAGAACUUACAGGGAGGGUUGUGUUUAUUAAAUUUGAAGCUGCAUGAGAUACUGGAGAGUGAAUUACUCCCUGGGGGUCCUGUAGGUUAGCAGACCCCCUUGGUUGAGAAACUGAUUGGAGAACUGGAGAGGGAGCAGGGUCCGAAAGCCAGUUCCUCCACAUGCAGCACACUGAGCUGAUCAAUUUUAUGAUAUCGAGUCAACUUGACACUUAUAUGAUAUAUUUGUUAAUACCUUGUUAAUUAGUGUCUGACUUCUGUUUGUUUGUUUGACAGUCAUCUUAUGGGUGAGCUGAAAGAGCUGGCGCUGCCUUUCCUCCAAAUCCUUCUCCAGCAUAUCUGCUAUCAGGUGACGCUUUCAGCAGUGACAGAGCUGCCAAAAAAAAAACGAGAACUGUCUGUGUGAAGCUUAAGGACUGUGUUAUCUGCUUUGCCUUAAAGUUAUGAGGGCAGAAUUAUUCCAGGAUUUUAACUCAUGUCUUUAUUUGUGGAUUUUAACUGAUGAAUCAUACAGCACUAUCAGUUGAUGCACUUGUUUAAAUGGCAUGUUUCUUUUGUGGAUGUUUAGAUGGUGGAAAAAAGCGAGUAUCGAAGUCAUGGAGCACAGGCUGUGGGUAUGCUGACGUCUCAGAUGGAGAAUAAAGACUACGCUGACUUCAUCAAGUGGCUGUUUAACUUCUCAAGAUGCUCAAAGGUCACACAGCCUGAUGUCAACACCUCAAAUAUUGAUGCCCAUGACUAUCACUUUAUUUUAAUGUCUGGGAUGGAAGAGAAUAACACCACUGUGUCUUUGAAAGGCACAAUUCAGUCAUUAAAAAUUAAGGCUCUCCUCACACGAGGACGGCCCCGUAUUGUCUUGGCGUAGGCACCAAAACAUGUAUCGCUAUUUACACAUUGUAUUGUACGUAGGCUUAGUGCAUUUACAUGACAACGCAAAAUCCUGUAGUACAUACGCCCGGCUUAAAGGUGACACUGAAAUUGCCACAAAGCACCAAAUACAGAGAAUGCGCAUACGUGUGUGUGUGUGUGUGUGUGUGUGUGAGACAACGUGGGUUGGGGGGCGGGGAGGAGGACGGUUGCUAUGAGGUCACCUUCUUUUCCAGACUUAUCUAUUUACACCAACUACGGCAUGAAGACGAAUACCCAGAUAUCCACCAGCAGACCUGUUUUCAAAAAAGAUGCGGAGUCAUGGACAAAUGAGCGUCUCUGUGUGUCAAUAUCAUAGACUGUAUAUAGAAUGGACAGAGUCUGCCUCCUUGCUGGGUGAAGCCACUCCGAGAACAGCACCCUCUGAUGGUGGGCUGCAGUACAGAUCAUAAAUCCCGCCUCCGCCAGCAAAGCUUAUGGGACUGUGGACAAACUUUAGAAAUUUAUUACACAGAACAUAAAUUUUUCUCCCCCCUGCUUGUGAUGUUGACAUGUAGUUAUUGUAAGACUGGUUUGUGCUCAGGUCCUUUUUUUCUGUACAGCUCCGUUUUUAAAAGUUAUUAGGGGGUUCAUGUUUUCUGUGAUUGACACCUGGUACAGCCUAUGGGCGUUCAGGGAUUGCGUAGCUCUCCCGGGGGAUACGCUGUUUGAGCCGAGCGUCAUCACAGGGACUCUUGGCGACUGCGCGGCCGAAUGCUCACAACACUACUGCACAGCUCUGGUUUCGAGGAAGUGGAGAAAAACCCGGAAUUACCGAGAGCUUUUUGGCUUCAAAUCCGUAUACAGGCGGAAGGCGGAACCACGUUGUCCAUCUUAUAUACAGUCUAUGGUCAAUAUCACCAGAUCGAUAGUUUAUUUUACCGGUGUCUUACAAAUUCGUACUCGUCCACCUUAGACAGCUCAUUUGAGAGUGUAACAAUGACUAACACCAGUAUCAAGUACUUUGGGUUUGAGCUUCCACUUGUGAAAAAAGGAUGUAAGUGCAGUUAACUAGACUUAAUUUAGUGAGCAAGCUAAACAGGAGCAGAGAAAUGUGUGCCUGAUUGCAUCAUGUUGGAAGGCUGGGGGUCCAUAGGAAAUCUUAGGUUUGGCAUGUUAUAAUUUGCUACAAAAGCUGAGUUAAAGGGAUAUUCCGGCGUAACAUUAAGAAAGAAAAUGUAUUCCGAAUGGUUGGGGUGGUUGAUGCCGAUUGUUAUUACCAAAAGCGUCCCUUUAAACACUUGUUCCGACUGCGACUCUCUAACCUGACUUGGUCUUCACUCUUUAGCCUUUGGCUUAUUUAUAGAGGUCAGUACAGGAGGUUUCAUUUUUAACACUCUGGCAUAAAACACAACCACAGGUGCCGUGCCUUCUCCUUUAAUAACAUAACAAGGCGUAAAUACAGCGCAAUGAUGACACAGCUUCACAGUGCAACCUUUGACAGAACAGUGAAAUAAGUAAGCAAGGGCGCCAUUUAGUGAUAACAUUUAACAGGGGAAAAAAUCCUGAAAUGGAUGAAGUGAGCCACUACCACGUUUGUUGGUUUGUUGACAGCACAGGCGUAAACACAACUCUUCUUCUACAGUUGUUUUAGCGAAAUUAUACAACUGCACAUGUCCAAAUGCUUAUACUGUGAAUAAAACUUGGUGUACGUAUACGGUCCAUGUACUUAGCGGCCAACGGAUUUUUGUUUUUAAAAAAAAAAAGAAAAACGGGAGAUUAGCGGUCUCCCGAUGACCAGUAGGGAUUGGAAAAUAAAAAACGGAAAACUAAUUCGUUUUGAUCUUAAGGAUCAGAGAACAAAAAAACAACUCAUUUAUUUAAAUUUCUUUCCUGUGGCUUUAAAUGUAAAUCGAAGAUCAAAAUACGUGGGUGGAAAUCUUGUGUUUCAAGUUUCAUUCACUUAUUUGUCGCAACCAUAGACUGUAUAUACUAUGGACAACUUGGUUCCGCCUCCCGCUUGUAUAUGGAUUUGAAGCCAAAUAGCUCUCGAUAUUUCUGUGAUUUUUCUUCAUUUCCUGAAACCAGCGCUGCACAGUAGCAAUGCGCACAUUUGGGCGCGCAGUCGCCGAGAGUCGCAGUGAUGACGCUCGGCUGAAACAGCAUAUCCCUGGGUAAGCUACGCAAUCCCUGAACGCCCAUAGGCUGUAUCAGGUGUCAAUCAUAGAAAACAUGAACCCCCUAAUAACUUUUAAAAACGGAGCUGUACAGAUAAAAGAGGACUUGAGCAAAAAACAGUCUUACUGUAACUACAUGUCAACAUCACAACCAGGGGGGAGAAAAAUUUAUGUUCUGCGUAAUAAAUUUCUAAAGUUUGUCCACAGCCCCAUAAGCUUUGCUGGCGGAGGUGGGAUUUAUGACCUAUACUGCAGCCCAUCAACAGAGGGUGCUGUUCUCGGAGUGGCUUCACCCAGCGAGGAGGCAGACUCUGUCCAUUCUAUAUACAGUCUAUAGUCAUAAAUCCCGCCUUUUUUUAUUGUUUGUUUUAUUCACAAACAAGUGAAUAAAACUUGAAACACAAGAUUUCCACGCACAUAUUUUGAUCUUCAAUUUCCGUUGAAAGCUACAUCACAGAAAGUCAAAUACGGAUCUAUUUUUUCAUUCACUGAUUUUUAUGAUCAAAAUGAAAAAUGGAAUUCCCUACUGGAAUUCUCAGAUUCCCUACUGGUCAUUGGGAGACAGCCCAUCUCCUGAUUUUUGUUUUUUCAUUUGAAAACGAAAAUCUGUUGGCCACCAAGUACACUGACUGUAUACACACAUCAUGAUCUAUUUAAUUUUGCACCCAUAUAAACAGUGGAUUCAGACUAUCCAACCCCUUUCAUUGUUAAAAUGAGAAAAAAAAAUUGCCCUUGUAAACAUGGUUUAUGUUACAGGGAACAAUAACAUCACUCUUGCAGAACUGAAAGAAGAAAAGCAACCAACCAAACUGAUAAAAAGGGCGUUAUAACAGCGUUUUUACUUCUUGGGAAGAUUCAGAGUCCCUUAAAGCACUUUACAUUGGAUACAUCAUUCAUUCGCUCACACAGUCGCACCCUGUUGGUGGUAAACUACCUUAGUAGUCACAGCUGCCCAGGGACAAAUUGACAAAAAUGUGACUGCCAGUUUGCACCUACGGCCUCUCCGACCACCACCACAUAACACUCACAAUCAUACACAAGUGGAGGACACACACAGUGGCCCUCAUUUAUCAAUCUUGGGCAGAUCUGAGCGCAGGAUUCAUCGUACGACAGGAUUUAUGAAAGGGUUCGUAUCUGACCAAUCCCAGCGUAUGUAUGAUAGGGUCUUGAUAAAUACAGCGGCUGAAAUUGAUCGUCAUUAACAUGUUUACGCCCUUAAAUAUUUGUGGUUCAGAAGCCUCGCCCACUGAGGUCAAACAUGAAAGAGGAGAAAUAUUAGAAAGAUACGAAACUUUUCCAAGCUUAAAGUGGAUAUCCUCGCGUCUGUGGUGGAAACAACAACAAGGAUUUUCUCUUUGGAAGCAUCAAAACUGGUAUAAAACCAGUCCAGAAAGCUCCUGUCUGGAGCAGGAUUAUGGUGGCGGUAAACAGCGCUGCCGCGGAAUAGCGGACAGUGGCUAAAGUUUGAAUGAAUCAUUAGUCAAUAAGUUGCUCAUGAUGAUGAAUUAAUAUCUCAUACAUGCCUCAUAUUUGUUUAUUGCCAUGACAUAGGGUAUGUUGCUCCUAUUAUUGAAAGUAUUUAGUUUUAAUUUGUUGCAUCUUUGUAAUGUAGAGCAGACUGGAGAGUCUGACAGAGGCUCAACAAAAAUAAUUAUUAACGUCACUAAAUGGUGUGUUGCUGCCCCUGAGGCACAUUUUUAUGGAUUUCUAUUGGUUUUUUAUUACUGAUUUAAUAGCAAGAGCACUUUCUAAACUUACACUUUACAUGUCAGAAUCCAUCGAUAAGGUCCUGUCUCCUCUGCACAGCACCUUUGUGGAGUCUCUCCUCGUUAUUGUUCUCCGGGCAUCGGGUCCUCAUGUUAGACCGGCACAGCCAACGGCACUCCAUUUGCCAGUGCAACAUUGUGCAAAACUGUACUGGCCCAAAUGAUGUCCCACACCCUUUCAGGAGUGUACAACAACGUCCCCGCUGUUGGACCAAGACAGAGACACCUGCCUUUUAGGAGUCAAACGCAGCGCUCCACAGUGGUGCGUGUGCGUAAUGUUGAAACGGCGCUCCUGCUCUGUGGCAGUGUUUCUGGGCAGGGUUAUCAAAUAGGUCUAUUCACUAAGGACAUGACAAAUUUAUUUUAUUUUAAUUACGUCUUAAUCUUUAAUGAAAUCUGGCUGGCUGUGCUUAAUGACCGGUUUGAGGUUUGUUUAUCAAUUAUUUUGAGACAGACAUUUGCUGCACCGCAGAUCCACACUGACUCAAACUUGCGUACACGAUGUCAGACCUGUCGUGAGAUUUGGUCGUAGCGUACGCUCACGUGCAGAUUGAUAAAUGCCAAUCCUCACGUCAAAAUUUUCGUAUGCAAGGUGUACGCAAGUUUUCUGCCGUACGCAAGCUUGACAAAUGAGGGCCACUGGGAGCAAAGUGGUUAAGUGUCUUGCCCAAGGACACAACGGACAGACUAGGGGGGAAUCAAACCACCAACCCUCUAGUUAUUGGACGACCACUCUACCUCCUGAGCUACUGCCGCCCCACUUUGGAUUAUUCAUCUAAAAGUCAAGAUUAUAAAGAGCAUUUCAUCGCAGUCAUUUGAUUCCCAAAUUCAGACAAUGGUCAAAAUGAUUUUGCAUAGUUUGGAAAGAAAUUUUGAAACGCAAAUAAUAAAAUAUAUAUAAAUAUAAUAAAACAUGUCAUCGAAAAUGAAAUUCAUUUCAUUUAACUUUUGAAACUGCAACUGUGACAAACAAAAUGACCUCCACAUAUUUGACAGACUUGCUAUUUUAAAGGUUUUCCAGUCAGUGUAAUCCUUUGAGUUGGGUCUGUUGUGCUGGCUCCUGUAGAUGGCACAUCGGCUGUUCUCUGCGGACGUGGUGAUGGUUUUGCUGGAGCUGCCAGAGAGGACAUCUGAGGACUGUCAGGAUCCUGAACUGGCAAGUUUUCUGCCUCACAAGUUUCUGAUCCAGGAUUUGCUGUUCCCUCGACGGAUGGACGACUCCCCGACUGUCCAAGGCCACGUCUUCAACUGCUUGGCCCAGUGUUUAGAGCUGCCUUCACUCAAUGUUACACGGGCUGUCCACAGCCUCUUCUCUGCCAGUGAGAAACACACACACACACACACAGAGCUGCCUAACAACAAAUGAAAAGUUUGAAAAGGUGUGUCCUCUUUGGACUCAUUUUGGAAAUAGAACUAGGACCCAUUGCAGGAAACAAUGUACUGAUGAGGUUAAAUUGUGAAAACAUGUUAAAGGAAAAUCACAUGAGAAUGUAAGGGAAAACUUACUUCGAGCUUAAAUAGCGCAAUGUUUCCCUCAUGAACUGUUUACAUGAACACAUCUCCCCUAAAGUACCCUCUCUGCUUUCUCUGUUUAGCUGGAACACACACUGAGUUGGAAAGUGAAAUCACAGAAGGUAAAUGUUCCCCUUGAAAAUAGAGCUUGAUGCAUUUUAACCACAAUGUCAGAUAUGUUUGCUGUGUCUGUCUAAUGUUAGCCGAGCUACCUCCAACCUUCAGUUCUCUUUCAGGUUCGCAUUCACAUGUUUGUGCUAGUUUCACUCUGCUCUGUUUGAGUUAACCAGUUAGCUUCCAUAUAACUUCAUAUACAUGACAGACACACAAAAAUGCAUUCAAAUGUGCACAUUUAGUCAACUCAGCAAUCAAACCUUGCUUGCUGUCUGAAACGCUGAUCAUAAGUUGUGUCCAAGCUGUCGCUCAAGCUUAUGGUGACUGCCAUGAUGCAAAACUGCUCUACAUCCUGGAUGGAAAGAAGCAGCACGGAUGACAGCUGGUAGCACAAUGCUCUCUGUCAGUUUUUUGAUCUAGGAAAUGGAUAUAAAGUUGAAUACAGGCUAUUUCUGUGUAAACUGAUGUGUAACCAUUUGGCUGGAGCUAUGCCUAACAAAAUAGAACAUGAGGAAGUGAACCUGAAAAAAAGAUCCUGUGUGAAGAGUAGAGUUGUACAAUAGUAAUAACUGUGUAAGUACUGCUUUAAAUGUGGUAUCUGGGUGUCUCUGUGGCCUAUCUAUGCCUUUCAAUGCUACAGUCCAGUACCAUGACCAUUUAGCCUUUAAAACCACUAAACUCAGUACGAUUACCCCAGUCCUAUUAGUUAACCAUGAUUUGAAAUUUUAUCCUGAGACCUGGCACACUCUGUAGCAAGUGUUGGCAUUAAAUAGACUUGACUUUGUGUUUCAGAGACUUUGUGUUCCCAGCAGACUCAGAAAACCUACCGCUCUCUACCGUUCCAGACCGUGGAGAUCACCACCACCAACAACAACAACAGCAGCUCUAGCACUUGUGGUAAGCCAAACCCACUUGAAGGUGUCAGUUGAACAGUUAAACUUGCCUGGAGUGGGUACUGGGAGGAGUUCUAUCAAUAGAAGUCUAAGUUUAUUAACUGUGCUUCAAAGAAAUUAAAACAUUUAUGACUUACAUCCUUUUCGUGCAGCAAAAGAAAACUUGGCUCAUCUUCUGGAGCAAGUGAAAGACCCAAUGAUGAAUGUGAGGAAAUCGGCCCUUCAGGUAUAUUUUUCCUUUAUUUAGAAGGGACAGCGCAUAUUAAUGAACAUAAAAAUGUAAAUAUGCCAGAAUUAGCCAAAGGCUACUUUUCAUCUGUAGUCCCUGGCAGGUCAAAAGAAUAACAUUAAUAACGAUACAAGGAGAAAAUUAAACUGACACACAUCAAUGCACCAAUGACAAAAAAAAAAAAAAAAAAAGACACACUAAGAAAGCUUAAAGCUUGAUUUGAUUUAAAGAUUAGUGCUGACAGAUCUGCUUGCUUUUCAGCCACUUCUUUAGAUUAACUUUAAAAGUGUUAAAGGUGGAACAGCCUCUUAUUGGAGAUGGAAUCUCGUUCCAGACCUCCAUACCUCUGACUCCUGCUUACUGAAGGUUGUUUGUCUGUGUGGUACUCCGCACUUACCUCUAGUGGAGGCUCUGGUUGUUCUCCCACUGGUGCUGGACCUGAACAUGAUGAAUUCACCCAGAGGUGGUGGAGCAAGUCCAUGCAAGAUCUUAUAUAUGGAGCAAGUUUUUGCAGAAUAGGGCAGUGAUGGGUGAAAAAUGGUUUCCUAUCCAAUACUUUUACAGUUUUUUUGAAGAGAGAUUCUAUUGGUUUUAGUGUGCUUGGGCUUGUCAGUGACCAGUUGGUGAUGCAGUAUUCUAAGUGGGAGAAAAUCAUACAGUGCAGAAACAUUUUUGCAGCCCUCUCUGUGAGUGACGAUCUGAAAUUGUUGAGACUGAAAUUCACCAUUUUACAUAAUUCUUUUGGGUUUUUUUAAAAGUUAAGUUUGAGUCAAGGGUGUCACCAAGAUAUUUAAAUUCAUGUACAAGCAGGAGCUCCUCACCUUUUACAAAUAUAUUUGAACUAAACCGCACUUUUGGACGCUUUGAGAAUACCAUACAGACAGUUUUUUGGGGAAUUUAGAAGAAGACAUGAAUUGGUGAGCCACUUGUCCACUGAGUUUAUUGCAGAUGUCAAUUUUCCUGAUACUUCUUCAUCCGACGUUGCUUUUGUGAACAGCAUCAUCUGCAUAGAGCUGUGUGUCGACAUUUUGGCAGAUAUUUGGCAAAUCAUUAAUAUAUAAGGAAAAUAAAAUAGGCCCAAGUAUGGAACCUUGAGGAACUCCAACAUACAUGUGGUUUACCUCUGUUCUUGGUUGCUUUUAAUCCACAGGCAUUAUCGGGUCUCCUUAAACAUGGUGUGAUCCCAACCAGCUCGGAAAACUUGACUACACUGUCUGAACGCUGCAGAGACCCGGCUGUGUCCGUUAAGAAGAAGGCCCUGCAGUGUUUGGGAGAGCUGCUAGCUGUGAGUGUCAAAAAGCAGCUCAGUGUGGCAGGAACCAGAACAUAGAAACUGUUAUAUUUAGGUGUACAAGAAUCUCUGUGUCAGCAUUUUAUUGACAACAAUAAUCAACAUCAGAAGUCAUGUUUUCAUACUUUUGAUCUCCUGCUGCAUAAACAAAUGUACAUGACUUUGGCAAACAAUGUAAAGCCAGCUUUAUCUCUGCCUGUCAAAAGAACGUAAACACUGGCUACACAUAGUGCACUCUGACUUUUCAAAGAUGUUCGAUAAUAUAUCCUUUUGGUCUCCAGGCCAAGCCAGAGUGCAGUGUGGUGCAGAAGACAUGGCUGCAAGGUGUGCUGCCAGCAGUGAUGGAUUCUGAGAGCUCGGUGCAGGAAAAGGCUUUAGGGGCUCUGGACCAAAUGCUGCUCGGUCAGGUCAAACCUUACUCUGCCGGCCGCCACAUUGACCCCAGUCAGAAGAUGACCUGGGCCCUGCUGGACCUGCUCUGUCACGAAUGCCAAAACCUCAGGUUGGACAAAAUACUUUCAGUACAAAAUCUGUGAGGAUUUAAAUUGUAACUCAGCUUGAACACAACCUGCUGAUUGAAACCAAAACAGCUGUGUUCUGACCUAGCAUACAGUGGAUAUAAAAAGUCUACACACCCCUGUUCAACUGCCAGGUUUUCGUGAUGCAAGAAAAUGACAGCAAAAUUAAUAUUUUCACAACUUUUUCCACCUUUGAUGUGACCUGUAACCUGUACCUAUAACUGAAACCUUUUAAGGGGAAAAAUAUAAAAACUAAUACUUUGUUGCAGCACCUUUGGCUUUUAUUACAGCACUCAGUCUUUUUGGGUAGGAGUCUAUCAGCGUGGCACAUCUUGAUGUGGCAAUAUUUGCCCACACUUCUUUGCAAAACCGCUCCAACUCGGACAGGUUGCCAGGGCAUCUCCUGUGCACAGCCCUCUUCAGAUCACCCCACAAAUGUUUGAUGGGAUUCAGGUCUGGGCUCUGGCUGGGCCAUUCCAAAGUCUCAAUCUUAUUCCGGUGAAGCCAUUCUUUUGUUGAUUUAUAUGUGUGCUUUGCGUCAUUGUCGAACUUCAUCUUCAGCUUCCUAGCAGAAGGCCGAAGAUUUUGUGUUAACUUAACGGUGACUGGUAUUUGGAACUGUUCAUAAUUCCCUCCACCCUUACUAAGGCACCAGUUCCAGCUAAAGAAAAACUGCCUCAAAGCAUGAUGCUGCCACGACCAUGCUUCACUGUGGGUAUGGUGUUCUUUUGGUGAUGAGCAGUGUUGUUUUUGUGCCAAAUAUACCUUUUGCAAUGAUGCCCAAAAAGUUCAACUUUGGUUUCAUCAGCCCCUAACACAUAUUUCCACAUAUGUUUGGGAGAUUUCAGAUGUCUUUCUGAAAAGCUGGGCUUUGAUGUUUUUCUUCGUAAGAUAAGGCUUCCGUCAUGCCAGCCCAGACAUAUGAAGACAGCGGGAGAUUGUUGUCACAUGUUCUACAUAGCCAAUACUUGCCAGAAAUUCCUGCAGUUCCUUCAGUGUUGCUGUAGGCCUCUUGGUAGCCUCCCUGACCAGUUUUCUUCCUGUUUUAUCUAGGGAUGUGCCGAUGUACGAUUUAAUCGCGAUUUAAAGACGAGCUGCAGCGUCACUCAGCGGAGGUGUGCGAAGCCGAGUACUAGUGGAGCGGACAAAUGCAUAAUAUAGCCCGAAUCGUUCACUUUGUUAAACAAGCAUGGAAUUUGGUACAUAUACUCUUCAAACCCCACUCUUUUCAAAAAAUAACGUUAGCCACGCAAAAUUCCAAGAUGUCCGCCCCAAAAAUGUGGUUUUUCCUUUAUAACUCAAAAUGACUUGAUUUUAAGCCCCAUAUAUAUAUUGAAGUUGAAUAUAAAGUUGGGUAUUGCGGAUAUUUUGGUGGUGGAUGGUGUCCAAGAUGGCUGCCAUUGCCUUGAAGUAAUCCGAUCUUAGUGACUAUGAAACAUUAACUUUUGGCAUGCACAUAUUUUUGGUCUCUGCAUCCAAUGGGGCCAUUGCAGUACAGAAUUUAGAUGUUUAUACAGUACAAGCUUGCAGAUGUAAUAGAGUGAAUAUCGGCACACAACCAGGGCACACUGGUGAUAUCACUGCUGUGUAACUCAGCAUGACCUCCAGGAGUUCUUUCAGCAUGAGAACCAGUCCUUCCCUGUUGCAUUGAGCAAGGGUGGAAAAUUGUACACUUGCCAGAAGUCUCAGCUGACCCCUAUCCUUGAGAAUUAUGUCCCACCAGUUGACAAGGAACCUGAGGCAGACAUUCUCAUUGACACAUCUGGUGUUUGAUGUGUAAAACCCAUCGAGCCUUAAAGCUGAGACCAGGUCCAAACGUGGCCAGGGGGGAAGAUGCAAGGUAACAAAUAAGAACACCAUGCUAUCUAACUGGCAUAACUUCCUGAGGCACAAUGACAACAAAACAGAGUUGUCCCACCCUUGCUGACAAGGUUGCACAAAUGUUUGCCCUAAAUACCAUCAUCGUCACAAAGGGACCUGCUGUCCUCAGCACUAGUGCAACUGGUCUUGAUGGACUGGAUAAAUGCUCUCACGAGGAAGCGGACAGCCGCAACUUUGUGCACGCCAAACAUGCAACUGGUAGCCAAUCCAUCAUGAUCAAGGCAAAUGACACAGAUGUUCUGAUCUUAGCUAUAAGUGUAUUCAGCGGUCUCCAAGAGGCUGGCCUACAGCAUAUGUGGCUUGCAUUUGGGCAAGGUCAGACUCUGCGCUGGAUCAGUGUGCAUGACAUAUUUCAGCAUGUUAGCCGGGAGAAGGUCAAAAGCAUGCUCUUCUUCCAUGCCUUUACAGGAUGUGACACUGUGUCUGCCUUCUGCAACAAAGGCAAGAAAAUGGCUUGGCAUACAUGGGACAUAUCUCCAAAAUCCUUGCCUGUAUUCGCCAAACUGGGUAUUUACCUUCCCACAGCGGAGGACUGCGACAUAGAGGUGCUUGAGAAGUUUGUCAUUCUCAUGUAUGACAGAUCCAGCACAGCUGCUACUGUGGAUGAGGCCAGGCUUGUCUUGUUUGCCAGAAAGCAGAGGCCCUAUGAGUCUAUCCCACCGACCAGAGCAGCUCUACUCCAACACACCAGGCGUGCUGCCUAUCAGGCUGGUUGUGUGUGGGCCCAGGCAACCCAGUGUCAGCCAGAAGCAGAGGACCCUGCAGACUGGGGAUGUCAAAAGGUUGGUGAGGAAUGGCAGGUCUUCUGGACAGCCAACUCUCCAAUAGCCAAGUCAUGUGAACAGCUCACCAAAUGUGGCUGUAAAUCUGGCUGUUGUGGCAGGUGCAAGUGCUACAAAUUGGGUCUCAUGUUUACAACUCUGUGCAGUUGCAACUGUGAGGUGUAACUCACAGUGAGUAUCCUGUAUCUUACAAACUGUAAUAGAUGCACAUGGUACUAAAAUACCUGCUUUUAUCAACGUCUAAAUUCUGUACUUAGCUUAGAUGGGAUCAGGAAAAAUUUGGGAAUUUUGUAAACUUCAGAAUUUUAGUAUAGCGUUAGGUAUGGGUAUAAGGUUUUUAAAAAAUACCGCAAACGAGUUGAGUGCAUCCCCUAGUGGCUGGUUUGCAUGGUAUCCAAUGUUAGAUAGUUUAGUAUAUGGUUGAAACCCAAAGUGAUAGAAGAGAUUUUAUUAAAAAAAGCCACAAAAAAAAGGAGGGGGGGGGGGGGGGGGACAGCCUCCACGUGGCCUCCCCCGCAAGUAGCCAGAGAGUAGUUGCCCUUUAAGUGAAAAAAAUGUCUUCGAAAUGUCCAACAACAUUAACAUCAACAUCAUUGUCAUUUUGAGUUAUAAAGGAAAAACCACAUUUUGGGGCGGACAUCUUGGAUUUUGGGGCCGCCAUCUUGGAAUUUUGCAUGGCUAACGUUAUUUUUGAAAAGAGUGGGGUUUGAAGAGUAUAUGUACCAAAUUUCAUGCUUGUAUAACAAAAUGAACGAUUAUUUCCUUAUCUGCUCAGCUAUACUUACCAGCCUAACCCGCUUGUAGUCUUACCCAUGGUGUCAAAGCCUCGGUAGCAAAAUUUACAAACAAACCACCAAAAAAGUAGUCCCAAAUCCCAAAAAAACUCUCGAAUUAAGUACAUUAAUGCCAGCCUAACAAAAAUUGGAACAUUAAAAGAGAAAAUGAAGACAUUUUACAACAAAAUGCGUGUCCACCCACAAUGCAUUGUGGCCACUCAAAGCACUGUUGGAGCGUGUCCACAAUGCACACCAUCCUCCGCUCAUUAGCUUCUUAAAGUGGAGGAGAUAUGAUCUGAUAUUUUAAAAAACACGAGUAUAAGGAGGUUUUCACUUGACGUCACUUCCGUGUUAUGCGGCAGGCACGCAAUACAGAUGGAGGGCAGGAAGUGUGUUGCUGCUAUAGAGACCAGCAACAUGCCGAUGUUUUGCUACAUUUAUGGCUGCUCGAAUCGAUCGAACAGGAAAAAAAGCAAGAGCUUUUAUCGUGUGCCCAAAGUAGUGUUACACAAAGGGGAAACAUAUAAGAAGCUGACUGAAAAACGCCAGUCUCAAGUCCAGUCCUCGAGCCCCCCCGUCCUGCAUGUUUUAGAUGUUUCCCUGCUUCAACACACCUGAUUCAAAUGAUCAGCUCCUUAUUAAGCCAUUUCAGAGCUUGAUAACAAGCGUGGUUGGAGGUGUGUUGGAGCAGAGGAACAUCCAAAACAUGCAGGACGGGGGGGGCUCGGGGACUGGAUUUGAGAACCACUGGCCAACGGUCUGGAGGAGCUGCGUCGGAUAAUGCCCGUGUGUGCAGUGACCACUUUGUCAAAGGUAAUGCCUCAUUUUUAGCCCGUAGUUAAUUUCUUUCAUUUCAAAGUUGAGUCGUGUCAAACUGUGUAAGGGGGGGGGUGCAGAGCGGCCGGAUGCGCCGGGAGCGCCUCAGAGCUCCGGAGGGGGUGGACAGGGGAAAAGGGGGUCCUUUCGGCCCCUACCCCCUUGCCCCCCAUCCUCCGACUAUGACCUCAGAUCAGACGAGACGACUUGCUGAAUUUAAGCAUAUUACUAAGCGGAGGAAAAGAAACUAACCAGGAUUCCCUCAGUAACUGGAGCAAAGAGGGAAGAGCCCAGCGCUGAAUCCCGUGGACGUUGUGAGGCCGGUAGCGGCCCCUGUCGCACCAGGGUAUGGUCUUCUCAGAGUCGGGUUGUUUGGGAAUGCACCCCAAAGUGGGUGGUAAACUCCAUCUAAGGCUAAAUACCAGCACGCAUCUAAACCGGCGCAAAGAUGAUCCUAUUGGAUCAUGACAACAUGUCAAAUGGAGCAGCAAACUUUCGUUCUGUUUUUAUGUGUCCCAAAAAUGCACAUAUAGAGAUGUAUUUGGGUACAUAAACUGAUGCGGCUUCCAAACAAACCUUUUAGCCGCUGAGAAAGUAUGAGUUUGGGUCCUAAAGUUCGCAACUAUGUGACGCGCUGCGGGAGGCUAUGAUAAUUGAUAGGCUGAGAUCCAGAGAUGCUUUUGAUCCUUUUACUCAACAAACAGCACAGAUUUAUCACAGCGCAGCAAAAAUGGAUGAAUGGAAAUGUGAAGAUCAGCGGAUUAAACAGAUAAAAAGGUGAUGAAUGAAUGAGUGGGUAGCGGCAGCGAAGCACUCACAAGCGUGGCAAAGCGGCUGCGUGGCGGUCAACAAAAAUUACAGCUGCUACCCAUCCCUGACUCUCUCAUCUGUGUCACAGGCAAGUGCACACUUUUCAACACACACUUCCGCACGUGCCCCGCCCACUCCCACGUGAAUCACUGCCUCCGCAAUACACACACACACACACACACACUCAAGUACCCCGUGCUCCUCAUUUUAGACUUAUGUGUCCCCUACAUAAACUGUACAGUAAGCUGUCAAGGUAGAGAGCAUUAUAUUUUCGGGACAGCAAAUAUUCAGAAUCAGAGGGCUGUUGUUUUCGGCUUAUGUGAAUAGUCUGAACGAAAUCAUUAAAGGCACACGCUUUAGAAUCCAUCCAACAGUAAGAAAACCUGGAUUAUUUCGCCUUGUUAUGUACUUUCAGCUGCGCUCCCGUCAGGGGUACAUUCAAAGGCAGGGGUGCAUUCUACAGCAUAACACCGACCCAAGAACAGUCGGAGACUGAGAAUGACGAAACGCCUCGGCUGUAUCCUCCUAUUAAAAAGGUUUCGUCGGCAGUAUGGAUGUUUUGCGGCUUCACAAAACAGACGGAGCAGGUAAACCUGACACCAAUCUGCAGGUUAUGCAGUAAGGAAGUUGCAGCGCCGUUGUCUAACACUUCAAACCUAUGUCCCCACAUCCGUGAACACCAUCCAGCAUCGUUCGGUAAAAACAACAUGACCGCGACAAGUUUGGUCUACUCUACUGCUUAUUAUUGACAACGUUAGUGACGUUUCUGCUAACUUUAGCUCCAAAAAGCUAAUGCUCCCAACGUCGCGUUAGCUGCCUCUUGCUCAUAUUGUUUGUUCAUGUCCUGCUGUGCACAGAGAAGUGAUUUCCCAGUUUUUUGCCAUUUUUAAAGGGGACCUGCCAUCAAAAUUUCAUACCCAUUUUUAACAUUUUUUCAUAAUCCUUGAUGUCCUCUGAUCAUUUUUGCAACAUAAUUUUAGCUGAAAAGUUAUUUGAUGGUUUGUUUUAGCAUGCCUAAAAAACCUUACAGGAAAACCAACUGAUUUUGACUCAUUAACAUUUAUUGUAAUGAGCUGUGCUCUGAUUGGAUCGCUGCUGUGAAGCCUGCUGUGCUCUGAUUGGCUCAGCAGUGGAGGUUCGGAUUUCGGUUUAUCCAUUUUGCUAAUGUGUGCUAAAGUAAGGUGCCCAGAUAUCUGUAAUGAUAUCCGGGGAUAUUCGGUGCGGCGGCGGCGGGGAGGGUGCAGGGGCUGCAGAGGCUGUGUGAUCACAGACAAAAUCUCGGUACUAUUUAGUAGCAGCACAUGCCCCUUGUAAUAACCCCCUUAAACAGUGUUGUUCAGGACUGCUUACUUGUGCUUCCUACCUAUUCGGCUACUGUAAUAACCAUUGUUCGAGCCCACACGCAACAUUUUUGCUCUCAUUCAUGAAACGCUUAAAUCGGGGACAUUUUCGGGAACAGCUUUUGCAGUCCCCGUAUUGGAUGACCUGUCCCCGGAAAUCGCGGACGUCUGGUCACCUUAUGCUAAAGGCUAAAAAUGGCAGGUAUUAAACCUUAUAUUUUAGACCCCGAGUCCGAAGAGGAGGUGGAAGUUGAAGAAGCCAGAGAUCUCCAGCGGUGUUUUCUCAUUUAUUCUGCCCAGCUUUAAUUUCAUUUUCCCUGCAGUGAACCCAAGGAAACACCGGUCAUUUGGAAGAGACCCAUAGCGGAUACAGUGGUAGCUGGGUCUCGCUCUGGAGAGUGAUGUUGACUGUGAAUGAGUAAGAGAACGAGAGAGUGGGCGCGGCUCACCGAGGACGCGCUCGUGAAUAAUAAUGAGCAAGGUCAGCGCUACGUCAGAGGGACCUGCUUUUUCAAUUGGCCUGGUUUACCCGUCUCUUUAUUUUAAACCUUUACAGAAUGCAAACGACGUAACGGUUUGUUUUCACAUUUACAACAUAAGACGAACAUAAUAUGGACCUUAUCUGACACAAAAAACACACAAAAUUACAUUUUGAUGGCAGGUCCCCUUUAAUAAAGUUAAAAGCAAUGCGCUAAUAUCGUGAAUCGUGAUAUUUUGGACCACCAGUAUCGUGAUAUCAAAUUUUUCAUAUCGGUCUAGUAUCUAGUCUUAUCAUCAAUUUUGGACAGACGUCCUGUUCUUGGUAAUGUCACCGUUGUGCCAUAUUUCCUCCACCUGAUGAUGACGGUCUUUACUGUGUUCCAUGGUAUAUUUAAUUCCUUGGAAAUUCUUUUGUAGCCCUCACCUUACUGAUAUCUUUGAAUAAUGAGAUCCCUCUGAUGCUUUGGAAGUUCUCUGCAGACCAUGGCUUGUGCUGUAAGAUGUGGCUACAAAAAUAUCAGGAAAAGCCUACUAGAACAGCUGAACUUUAUUUGGGGUUGAUCAGAGGCACUUUAAUUGGUGACAGGUUUGUGCUGACUCCAAUUUAACCUGAGUUUGAAAGUAAUUGGUUAAAUCUGAACACAGCCACAUCCCCAGUUUUUAAAGGGUGUGCACACUUAUGCAACCACAUGAUCUCAGUUGUUUAGUUUUACUUCAUCCUCCCGAAAGAUUUCUGUUUGUUUUUCAAUUGUGUUUUACAGGUUAUAGGUCACAUUAAUGGUGGAAAAAGUUGUGAAAUUAUUUAUCUUGAUUAAAUUUUUUUACAUGACAAAAACCUGGCAGUUGAACAGGGGAGUGUAGAUUUUUUAUAUCCACUGUAUCAGUUAAAUGAUAACAACACAGAGAUGAUGAAGUGGAAGUGUGUUGCACAUGGACGAGGUCCACACUAGGGCUGACAAAGUUGGGCAAAAAGGACAUUUGAAUAAUCUCUUUAAAAAACACAAAGAUUCAAGCAUAUGCUGUUAUUGGACUUGAAUUAAUUGUUUGAUUCUGUGCUGAGUGACCUUACUGCCAACCAGCUUCACUGACAGAGACAGUAGGGGAGAGAGAAAUGCCCUCAUUUACUAGUGUUUCCACACACUAUAGUGAUCCUCCUUUUUACUGUACACCUAUUUACUGUUGUUAUGCCUAUGUCAUAGAAUGCUGUAAAGCUUUGUUUCCUGUAAGUGACGGAGGAAUGUGUUUGUAUUUUUCAGUGCUGCCGUUAAAUGGUUCAUUUCUAUCUAUAAAGCCAGAACAGGCAGAGCAGAGCCAUCCUGUGAGAUCGCUGUAGUGCACAUUACUGUCUGUGAAUUUAUAAAGAACACGUGAAAAAUACUUGAUCAAAGAUGUCAUUCAAGACCCAUCUUUGUGGAGUGUCAAAACCCAGAUAUGAUCCCAAGAUCACAUGAAAACAUUAUUCUUAAGCUCAUUGUUGAAUUAUAACAAACAGACAACCAAUAACAGCAGGGCUACAGGAUCAAAUAAUAGAGAAGUACAGUUCUUCCUACAGAAAACACACACACACAAAAAAAAGUCCAAAGUCCACCCUACAUUUCCAGCACAUUACUAAAUGCAAAUAGUGACCUUCCAGCCAUGAAAACAUAAUGUUAUGAAUAUAACUUAUGUUCCCUGAAGGAGAGGAACGAGGUACAACACAUAUAGUAUGGGAUAUCACGCCCCCGCGUGGCCUGACUGAAGACACCUUUAUUCACACAUUUGUGGCAGAUGACCUGUGGUGACGUCUGGGAGGCUCUGCCUGCACAUAUAUACAUGUAACACCACAGUCAUCUUUCAGUUUGAUAGCCACUCUUCACCGAGCCUAGCUGCGCAGUGGGGCAACCCAGUGUUUUAACUUGUUCCUCUCCUUCAGGUAACAGAAGUUAUAUUCAUAACAUUUUAUUUAGACAGUGCCUUGCCCUUGGCUGGAUUAGCAAAACAGACAAACAACUGGUCACAUAAACAAACACUCUAAGUGCAGUCUAUGUAAGUGCGUAGUGCACGCACAGGGCGCAAGGAAUGCAACCUCCUCUGCUCCUCAGAUGCAAAUGGAGGAGGGCAGAAGCUCAGUAGUUCAAAACUCAUAGAGCUAUAGGCUGUGGGGAUAAUCUAAGGCAAAUACGCCCCGUUUGGGCGCAAUGUAACCUUAGAUCCAUCCAGAGUGAACUGGGUACAACAGGGGUGCACAGACAAAGCAUGAAGGUUGCCCACUCGCUUUGCAGACGUCAAAGCAAGUAGCAGUGCAGUUUUGUAUGACAGAAAUUUCAUGUCUGCUGACUCAACAGGCUCAAAUGGGGGUCCACAGAGACCCUAAAGCACCAGCCCUAAAUCCCAUGAGGGAACGCUGGGUUUAAGCACAGGUCUUAGCCUGCGGAUUCCUUUUAGGAGGCGCAUAGCAAGAGGGUGAGCUCCUGACGUCACAGCAUCAAAGCCAACCUGGCAUGCAGAUAUAGCUGCCAAAUAGACUUUAAUUGUUGAGAAAGAGAGACCCCUAUCCAGCAGCUCCUGAAGGAAUGUUAAAACAUCCACAAUAGAACUCUGAAAUGGGAGUACAUUUCGGUCCUGAUACCACUGCUCAAACGCCCACCAUUUACAGGCACAUAGGCCCCUAGUAGAUGAUGCCCUUGCACCCUGGAUUGUUGCCACCACAUUUGGGGGCAGACCCUGAGCUAUUAAGCUGGACCUUUCAGCAGGUAGGCAUGUAGUCGCUACAGUUCUGGGCACGGGUGAAUCACCUCUCCUCCUGGCUGGGAGAGGAGGUCCCUGCAAAGAGGGAGCUGCCAGGGCCUCGCUGCCAGCAGACUGAAUAUCUCGGCGUACCACGACUUCGCCGGCCAGUGAGGAGCCACCAGGAUCAGGGAGAGCCCCUGCUGGCGCACCCUCUCCAGAACAGACAGAAUCAUUUCCACUGGGGGAAAUGCAUAUAGCAGUGUGUUUGGCCAUGAGUGAGCUAGCGCAUCCAUUCCCAGGGGAGCAUUGCAGUCUGUUAUGGAAAAGAACAGGGGGCAAUGAGUAUUUGCUCUGGAGGCAAAAAGAUCUACUUCUGCCCUGCCGAAGCGGUCCCAUAUCUGAGCCACCACUAGUGGGUGCAAUCUCCACUCUCUGACAAGAGGACCCCCCCUGGAGAGAAGGUCUGGCCCAAGGUUUAAUUGACCCGGAAUAUGUGUGGCUCUGAGAGACAGAAAAUGAAAACUGCACCAUAGCAACAGAAAGCGAGACAGUUUUAACAGGGGAGGAGAGCGUGUCCCUCCCUGCUUGUUUAUGUAGGAAACCAUGGUUGUGAUUUCCGUCCUGAUCAGAACAUGAUGGCCUGUGCAUUGGGCUGGCGUCCACACCCCUCUCACUGCUGCGCCCUUGCACAGAGCCCUCCAACCCCUCAGGGAUGCAUCUGUGGACACCACCUUGUGAAAAGACACCCUUCCUAUAAUCAAAUCAAAUCAAACUUUAUUUAUAUAGCACUUUUCAGGCAAAAAGAAGUGCAGCACAAAGUGCUUUACAAUUUAAAACAAUGAGCCCCCCCCAUAUCCAGCCCGCCACCCCACCCCCCAACCCUCACCGAGAGCCCACCCCAACACACACACACACACACACACACACAGAUAAUGCAAUCAUAAAAGCGUGUGGCUGAGUACAGAGGAGCCAAGUCAGGAAACGUCAGGAGGCCCAGGGCCAGGACACCUCCACCCGGGUGUGCAUCCCGCUACAAGCCAGUAAGGGGCCCACAGCAGCAAGCACUGCUGCAGACCACCAUCUGGCCAAGCUGAGCGCACACCACGAGGCAGAGAAACCCUAGACAGAGCCAGUCACAGCCUCCAGUGCAGGUGGUCCCCCUACUGAGGAAACACUGGAGAAUUGCAAUAAAAACAUUAACUAAAUCAGCUAAAAGCAUCAAACUAGAUAAAAUUAUAAGAUACUGAUAAAUAGCUAAAAUACCAUUUAAAAAGUAAUAAACAUAACAUGUAAAAUGAGGACUAAAAUAUAUAAAUGAACUAAAAUAAGAUAAAAAUAGGAUAAAAAUAUUGAUUAAAAAUAAGACAUUAGUUAAAAGCCAAAUUAAAUAGGUGAGUCUUGAGCCUGCUCUUAAAAUUAUGAACAUUCUCUGCGGCCCUAAGGUCCUCCGGCAGGCUAUUCCAAAGACGGGGGCCAUAGUGCUGGAAAGAUGCCUCACCGUAAGUUCGUGUUCUCACUUUGGGGACUAUUAAAAGGCCAGUGCCAGAGGAUUCUAGGGAUCUGCGAGGGUUCAUAUUUUAAAAGCAAUUCUGAAAGAUAAGAAGGUCCAAGACCCCUAAGACAUUUAAAAAUCAUUAAAAGGACCUUAAAAUCAAUCCUAAAGCACACAGGGAGCCAAUGCAGUGAUUUUAAAACCGGUGUAAUGUGUGCCCGCCUUCUGGUCUUUGUCAGCACACGUGCUGCUGAGUUUUGCAACAGUUGUAAACUCGCAAUGUUUCUUUUUGGAAGACCAGAAAGCAGGACGUUACAAUAGUCAAGACGACUGCAGAUAAAAGCAUGCAUUAGCGUCUCUGUGUUAGCCCGGGAGAGAAAGGGGCGGACUCUGGCUAUAUUCUUUAAAUGAUAAAACCCUGUUUUCGUUAUAUUUUUAAUAUGUGGAAUAAAAGUCAGCUCAGAGUCAAAGAUGACGCCCAGAUUCUUUACCUGAUUUGAUGGAAUUAAAGACAGGGUUUUCAGUUUUGUUAAAAGUUUCUCUCCCUGAGCCUUAGGAUCGAUAAUUAAAACCUCAGUUUUGUCCUGGUUGAGCUGUAGGAAGUUUUCUGCCAUCCAGGAUUUAAUGUCUAGGAUACAGCUAAAAAGGGCAUCAAUUGGCCCUGUGUCAUCAGGAGACAUGGACAUGUAGAGCUGUGUGUCAUCAGCAUAGCUGUGAAAAGUGAUACCAUGCCUCCUGAUGACAUCUCCCAGUGGGAGCAUAUAUAAAUUAAAAAGUAUGGGGCCUAAAAUUGAGCCUUGGGGCACACCACAUUUAAUGCUAUGAAUCCUUGAAGAGCAUGUGUCCAAACUUACAAGAAACUUUCGAUCUGUGAGAUAGGAGUUAAACCAUUUAAAGGCAGUACCAGAGAGGCCUACAAGGUGCCUUAGUCUAUUUAAAAGAAUUGUGUGAUCUACUGUAUCAAAAGCAGCGCUUAGAUCCAGUAGCACAAGGACUGUAAGCUUGUGUUAGUCCAAGUUGCACCUAAGAUCAUUAAAAAUUUUCAGUAGUGCAGUCUCGGUACUGUGGUUCGUCCUAAAUCCAGAUCGAAAUUUCUCAAGGAUGGAAUGGUUAUUUAAAAAAUCAUUCAACUGAAUAAAAACAAGUUUUUCUAAAACUUUGCUUAAAAAUGGUAAGUUGGACACUGGUCUGUAGUUAUUAAGAACAUUAGGAUCCAAACUGUUCUUCUUCAGAAGGGGUCUCACUACUGCCGUUUUAAGGGCAGCAGGGAAAGAGCCUGUCUGAAGAGAAAAAUUUUCUAUAUUUAAAAGGUCGCCUUCAAAGUGAUGUGGGAAUUGGGUCUAAAAGGCAGGUUGUUGGUUUUACUUGGGAGAAAACUCUACCAAGCAUCUCAGCAUCAACCAGGACAAAACUGUCCAGUGUUUCCUCAGGUAAAAACAAGCUUUCCACUGUAUUAGAAACAGUGUUUUGAAAAGAUAAAAUAGAGGAUCGUAUAAAAUCAAUUUUACCCCUGAAAUGGUCUGCAAAACCUUCACAAAGUGUGUCUGAAGGAGUGAUUUGAUAUCUGUUAAAAACCGGGUUUAUUAAAAGAUCAAUUGUAGCAAAGAGGAUUUUUGGGUUAUUCUUAUGAUCUGUGAUUAUGUUGGUAAAAUAGGUGGAUCUUGUGUGUCUGAGAGCUUUAUUGUAGAUUUUCAGUUGCUCACAGUAUAUUUGAUGAUUAAUUGUAAUUUUAUUUUUCUUCCAUCUCCACUCAGCUACCUUGCAAUUUCUUUUUAGUUUUUUGAUUUCCUCAUUUCUCCAUGGCGGUGUGCGCUUAGGCAGUACCUUUUUUGUUUUCAGUGGAGCUACAAGGUCGAGGGUGGUUUCAAGUUUGUUAAUAAAAUGUUGAACAAUAAAAUCACAGGAUGCAGGUAGAGUAGCUGAGGGAUGCUUGCUCAUGAUCUCGAUAAAAUUUGCAGCCACUUCUGAGGUAAAAUAGCGUUUCCUGACAGUUUGCACCGAGGUCUCCCGCUGAAUAAAACUGGUGAUAUUAAAAAACACACAAUAAUGGUCCGACACAGCCAGGUCAACAACAGAGGACACACUGGCUGACAGGCCAUAGCUGAGGACUAGAUCCAAGGUGUGUCCUCUGUUGUGAGUAGGCUGUGUGACGUGUUGUGUAAAAUCCAAGCAAUUAAGUAGAUUUAAAAACUCUUUUGCCAUUGAGUCAGAUGGGUUGUGUAUGUGUAAAUUAAAAUCACCAGAUAUAAUAAUAAAAUUGUAAGUGGCAUGGAUUAUUGCUAAAAAUUCAGAAAAUUCACUGAUAAAAGCAACAUCAUGUUUUGGUGGUCUGUAAACAGUUAUACAAAGAAUUGAGGGACUGUUAAAAACAACCGCAUGAUGUUCAAAGGUGGUGUACUGAUCAAAUUGUAUUUCUUUUGUGCUUAGUGAGUUGUUGAUUAUUGAUGCGGUACCACCACCUUUCCUGCCACUUCUAAAAUAGAACAUAAAGUUAAAAUUAGGUGGGGAGGCCUCAGUGAGAAUAACUGGCGCGUCUGUACCCAGCCAUGUUUCAGUUAAACAGACAAUCAACCUUGUUGUCUAAAAUCAGGUCAUGGACAAUAAAAGAUUUGUUUAAAAGAGAGCGACGGGUGAUUUACAGACUGUGUGGUUCGAUUGUUGAUGUUCUGGGAGAGGUCUGAGGUUAUUGAAGUUCACAGAGUGUACAUGAUGGAGUCUGGCUGUCUCUCGCUGAGUGAUGAUGACAGGAAUGGGUGAAUGGUUAAUGAAAACAGAGGGUCCAAGUCCAGGGGUCUAUAGGAGACCCCUGUUGUAGAAAACCAGGUUUUCUACAGCCAUCAUAGAUGCCAUCAUGCCUGUCAGCUGUAAAAUCGUCCAGAAACACAGUUUGCGUCCCAACUGAAAUUGUGCAAGCCACCCUGCAUUCUGACAGACGUGCUCGGCUUGAAACGGAUCAUAUUUCCAGCCAGAGAAAUGAUAUCUGUUGACUCAGAGUCAGUAAACUUUUCUGUAAAUUUACCAUAAAGCCCAGUAUUUGGAUGUGCGAGAGUGUCAAUGACAACCAUCAAUUUAGCUUCAGUAGAUUUAGAGGAUUGAAAACUGAUGCAGUAGGCUCCAACUGACUGCUUUGCACAUAAUGGCCCUCAUUUAUCAAGCUUGCGCAGAUCUGAGCGCAGGAUUCAUCGUACGAUAGGAUGCGCGUGAGAUUUAUGAAAGGGUUCGUAUCUGACCAAUCCCAGCAAACAUAUGAUGGGGUCUUGAUAAAUGCAGAGGCUGAAAUCGAUCGUCAUUAACAUGUUUACGCCCUCAAAUAUUCGUGGUUCAGAAACCUCGCCCACUGAGGUCAAACAUGAAAGAGGAGAAAUAUUAGAAAGAUGCGAAACUUUUCCGAGCUGAAAGUGGAUAUCCUCGCAUCUGUGGUGGAAACUAACAAGGAUUUUCUCUUUGAAGGCAUCAAAACUGGUGUAAAAGCAGUCCAGAAAACUCCUGUCUGGAGCAGGAUUAUGGUGGUGCUGAACAGCGCUGCCACAGAAUAGCGGACAGUGGCUGAAGUUUGAAUAAAUCAUUAGUCAAUAAGUUGCUUUUGAUGAUAAAUUAAUAUCUCAUACAUGCCUCAUAUUUUUUUAUUGCCAUGACAUGGGGUACCCUGCUCCUAUUAUUGAAAGUAUUCCGUUUUAAUUUGUUGCGUCUUUGUAAUGUAAAAAAGACUGGAGAGUCUGAAAGAGGCUGAACAAAAAUAGUCAUUAACGUCACCAAACGGUGUGUUGCUGCCCCUGAGGCACAUUUUUAUGGAUUUCUAUUGGAUUUUAUCACUGAUUAAAUUGCAAGGGCAUUUUCUAAACUUAUAUUUUACAUCAGAAUCCAUGGAUAAGGUCAUGUCUCCUCUGUACAGCACCUUUGUGGAGUCUCUCCCCGUUAUUGUUCUCCGGGCAUUGGGUCCUCACGUUGCACCGGCACAGCCAACGGCACUCUGUUCACCAGUGCAACAUUGUGCAAAACUGUACCGGUGCAAAGGAUGUCCCACAUCCUUUCAGGAGUGUACAACAACACCCCCGCUGCUGGGCCAAGACAGAGCUACCUGCCUUUAGGAGUCAAAUGUAGCACUCCACAGUGGCCCGUGUGCGUAAUGUUGAAACGGCGCUCCUGCUCUGUGGCAGUGUUUCUGGGCAGAGUUAUCAAAUAGGUCUAUUCACUCAGGAUAUAACAAAUGUAUUUUGUUAGAUUUUAUUGUGUGUCUUAAUCUUUAAUGAAAUCUGGCUGAUUGUGCUUAAUGACAGGUUUGAGGUUUGUUUAUCAAUUAUCUUGAGACAGACAUUUUCUGCACCGCAGAUCCACACUGACUCAAACUUGUGUACACAAUGUCAGACCUGUCGUGAGAUUUGGUCGUAGCGUACGAUCACGUGCAGGUUGAUAAAUGCCGAUCCUCACAUCAAAAUUUUCGUACGCAAGGUGUACACAAGUUUUCUGCCGUACACAAGCUUGAUAAAUGAGGGCCAAUGAAACUAAAUGUUUGCACCUAUCUGAGAAAAAAAUGAUAUAUUUACUUGGGGUGCAAAGGUACAUGUAAUCCACAGAACGGUCUGUACCUCGGUUUUUGGGCCAUGGUUUUGGUUCAGUUUCAGUACGUGUUUUGUGCACAAAGAGUGCUUCCUUUUCAAGUCUUUCGACCGUCCUGUGUUCAGGAAGUGUGAUAUCAGAAUGGUACAUCAGAUGCUUGGUCACGUUGCUCGUGUUUCCUUUUAAGUAAGGGACAAGAAUCAAGCAUUGUUUUCAGACAGUAAAAUUUCUGUCAACAGUUUUCACUCCCUCAUCGUUGUACUCAAUGGCAAAACUGAAGUUUACAACAGAGAUUUGAAGGAGGCCAAUGCUUCUUGAGACUUUUGUUUCUCAACUCCUCUGCUCGUGCUCGUAGACAUGCCUCUCUGUUAUCUUUUCUCCUUCUUCUGUGUGUAUGGGCAGCACUCAGUGUGUUGCCCCAUGUGUUCUGUAAAAUAAGCACCGAUUUCUAUAUAUUUUGAGUGGGCAAGGCCUGAUUGAUAGGAGCAUGUUUCCAGUCUCUUCUGGGUUACGGAGCAGGACAAGUCCAAAACAACGGCUGCACUUUUGGAACAACCCCAAAAAAUGCAACUUACAACUGCCAAAAUCUUCAAGUGAUUUUUCAAAAUAAGAAGCCCAAAGUAGCUGACGAUAAGAUGACAUGGCAACUAUGGUUGCCCUUUGAGAGUGUAAGUGGAGGCACAGAUUUGAGUGGACAAACUGAAAACCUGUGGUCCGCUAGGGCGUUUGUCCUGUGCAGAAUGGACUGAAGGGUUCAAUAUUUUGCCACGUACCCUAAUGAAAUCCCUAAUAUUUACUGUUCAUUUGUGGUUUAAAAUAAAGAAUCAAUAACCAUCAGAACUGAAUACUGGAAAGACAAAGAUUGGUGAAGGAAAAUUCAGCAAAUGUUGGAAAUAAAGUUUUAAUUCUCCAAAAUUUGUCUGGAGAGGACCUCCUGAGCCCCUCACGAGCUGCAUGUUCUAUGUACUGAUUGGCUUUGUGACUAAACACAGCAACAAGAUUUGUGCUUUCUAUAAGUGUUAAGUCAAAUAUUUGAUUUGUACUGCACUCCUAUUAUGUGCUUUUUCAUGUUCCUGUUCCUUUCCCCUUUUCCAAUCACAUCCCUGUUAAUAGUCCAACUCAGCAAAUGUUCUGCCUGAUCCAAACCCAAUCAGCACCAGAUAAUGAGUAACAGCAGCCAUUUAAAACCAUGCAAAUGACUUUUAUGAAGCCUUCUUCUUUAUACUCGUUCAUCUCAUUCCUGCAGUUUCUGAUGGUGUUUUUGUCUCUUUUCUCCAGACAAUAUUUCAGCAGAGCCCUCACCAUCUGGUCCAAACAGAACAUGUUCACACCAACAUUCAUUUCCAACCUGAUCUCUCACACUGAGGCAGAUCAUGCUGAGGCAGCCUGGCUGCUGCUCUCUAAGGCGGUAGCUUUGUCUCCAACACUUCCCUGCGGAAAAAUCCUGGAUGCCUGGGACAACAUGAUCAGGUAAGACGAUGAUAAUGUACCCGAUUUAUUCAUGUUUCUAAAUAGCAUUUACUCUAAGCUCAUGAUUGACUAUCUGUUGAUUAAAUGCUAUGCAGGUGAUUUGGCACAACUUUUGUUCCACUUUUUGUUCCUAGUUCCAAAGAUUUACCCACUACCACCUGCUGUCACAUCCUGUGUGUGAUGGGAGACAUGGCAGCACAUCUGAACAUGGACACCAAAGACAGGAUAGUCGGUAAGUGAUGGUCUUACAGGAUGGACGAGUCGGCGUCAUUUCAGCCCCCUGUCUCUGUCCUGUUGGUACAUUAUCUGUCUGUGAGUGCACUUUGGUUUAUCACUUUUCUUUUUCUUUGCCUUAAGUUUUGGCAGGGCUCUAAAGUGUAACUGCCACAUGAUCACUGUGUGGUGUUUGUGCUGCAAAAGGAUUAUAGGUACAUUAGGGAUUAGAGAACUUCACAAUGAAGAUGUAAUUUUGAUGUAAGUUAAGUCAUGAGGGGAAAAAAAUCAAGUUUAUUUAUGAGAGUAAACUCUUAAAUUUAUUUCAGUGCUCCUGCUCCACAGAUAUUGUUUUUUCAUGGGCUGAUGCUGAUAAUAAGAGUGCAGGCUGGCUUAUGGCCAAUACAGGCUAACAUAAACAGUGUACCACAUUGUUAUUGUUGUUGUUGUUGUUGUUGUUGAUAUUUUUGUAUCUGAACAAACAAUUUUAUAUUUACUACACUCAUUCCUCCAGACACAUGACAGUCUCAUUUUAAUGCCUUUUUUUUUCGCCAGUCACAUGUUGAAGAUGGAUUUUAAUGAAUUUAUGAUGUAGGAGAAUACUGUAGGUUAUACUCUAGAGUCCUGAACAUGACUGAUAUCUAAACUGCAUUAUACUAGACAUAAUCACAUAGCUGAAUGAAGCUCAGCUUUGUAUGAAUUGCUUGAGGUUUGAUAUGCUUACAUUAAGGAUGGAGAAGAAGACCUGUUAGCAUUGAGGGGGAUGUAAACAGCAGCCAGCCAUACUGAUGAGGCUUCCUGCAGUGACUACAGACACAGUUUGAUGAACCCUCCUUGCAAGUGCUGGUUUUGUCUGCUGACUGUGUCCUGUCAAGAAAAGAGACAAGGAAAUCAAGUUGUAAAAGUUCAAAGUUUGAAUUAGAUUAGAUACAACUGAAUUUAUCCUUUUCGAAAGGUUCCCUUAAGGAAAUUGAAAAUUCCAGUAGCAUCAUGUACACAUUAGACAAAAAAAAUGAUCAAAUAUACAUUAUAUAUAAAGAAUAAAGAUAAACGGUAAUAAAAACUUCAGAUAAUUGAAGUAUUUAUGUAUAAAAAGUAAGAUUUAAAUCUCUGGACAUUUGCAUAUUACUGUUACAACAAAUACCACCAAUUAGCUUUGGAGGAACUUCACAGAGCCCUGGUAUUAAAAUUAACACCAGGCAUUUGACAAAAAGAGAUCUUCAUCAGACACCGUCAUUAUCCCACAUCACUUGAACAGUAUCUUGCAUGUCAACAAUUCUUUUUAUCCUGUCUUGUUUGUUCAAGUGUCCAAAAACAUCUGACAUCAAAUGUUCUGAAAUAAUGACCAACGCAGUCCCAGUCCCAGUCCCAGUCCCAGUCCCAUUUUUACACACCUCAAGUCAACAAACAGUCAAACAAUAAAAUGUAGGGCCAACUUCAUGAAUCAUUUCCUCAGUAUGACAAAGAAAAAACAGUGAGCCAGCCCAACAUCUGCUUAUCAUGGAGUUUGGAGCUUGGAUGCAGUUGUAGCGUUGCAUAAGCAAAACUCAUGAUACUCAUGAUAGAAAGGCAAAGAGCAGCAGGUCAGGUCACCAAUGUCAACCUCAUGAAGUUUCUGUCUUUCUGUCUAGCUGAUCUGAUGUCCUGGUUAAAGACCUUCACUUUGUCUCUGGAGGUGAUCAGUGCUGCUGUGGAGACUCUUUUUCAGCUCGGCCACAGCCAAGACUUCAAACAGACUCAGGUUAAACUUAUUUCUGUCUCACUCUCACUCGCUGCUGAUAAGUAGUAAAGCUAAAGCCACACCAACAUCCUGGGUUUUUCCAACAAGGGAUGAAACACGCCAUGAGCUCUAUGAAUGUUUUUGUACUGAGUUGUAUGUACAGUGGAUAUAAAAAGUCUACACACCCCUGUUCAACUGCCAGGUUUUCGUGAUGUAAGAAAAUGACAGCAAAAUAAAUAUUUUCACAACUUUUUUCCACCAUUUAAUGUGACCUAUAACCUGUACAAUGCAAUUGAAAAACAAACUGAAACCUUUAAUGGGAAAAAUAGAAAAGUUAAAAUAACCUGGUUGCAUAAAUAUGCAAUAAAGAUCUCUGUAUUCAGCUUUUUGUCCAUUUCUGAUACAUGCCACGAUAUCAGUGUCAUCUGAGUAUUUCUGAAUGUGGCAGGACUCAGUACUGUAUUUGAAGUCUGAUGUAUACAGUGUGAACAGGAAUGGCACCAGCACUGUCUCUUGUGGAGCCCCUGUACUGCUCAUUAAUGUCCCAGAAACACAGUUCCCCAGCCUGACAAACUGUGGCCUUCCUGUCAGGUAAUCUGCGAUCCAGGAAACACAGGAAGGAUCCACUCCCAUCUCUGUGAGCUUGUCUUUGAGUAUGGUGGGUUGGAUGGUGUUGAAUGCACUUGAAAAGUUGAAGAGCAUGAUCCUCACAUAAACCCCAGGUUCCUCCAGAUGAGACAGGGCACGGUGAAGCAUUUAGAGGACAGCAUCAUCCACUUCAAUGUGUUCUUUGUAUGCAAACUGUAGGGAAUCCAGUUUGUCUUUGACCUCAGACCUCAGAAGGCAUGGAAUCAGCCGCUCCAGGGUUUUAAUGAUGUGUGAAGUGAGGGCCACUGGUCUGGAGUCAUUGAUUUCAGCAGGACAUUUUGUUGUGUGUGCGGACUCCAAUUUAACCUGAGUUUGAAUGUUAUUGGUUAAAUCUGAACUCAGCCACAUCCCCAGUUAUUAAAGGGUGUGCACACUUAUGCAACCACAUGAUCUCAGUUGUUUAAUUUGACUUCACCUCCCUGAAAGAUUUCUGUUUGUUUUUCAGUUGUGUUGUACAGGUUGUAGGUCACAUCAAGGGUGGAAGAAGUUGUGAAAUUAUUUAUCUUGAUUAAAUUUUUUUACAUGAAAAAAACCUGGCAGUUGAACAGGGGUGUGUAGACUUUUAAUAUCCACUGUAGAUAGAUGUCAUGGUCUUAGUUUUGAUUUCAAAGCAGGUGAAAUAUACAGCUGUUUGGUUAAAACUACAGUUUGGCUCAGCCUGAAGGAUUAGUCUGACUGUAAACACCAUAUUUAUCCAAAUGAUUGCUCACUGAUAGACUUUGAUAAGAUUGAACACUUUCCAAAACGUUGAUGGUUUGUCCAUUUGAAAUGUUUUACAGCAUGUGACUGUGAAAUUCACAGAUCAUCCGCAAGUAUUUAACAUAAAAAUCUUUGGUUCAGGCUUUUUUGAACCAACACUGUGGGGAGCUGGUGUCUGUCAGUGAGGCUUAUUUGGCAGAAAUCAUCCUGAGUGGAAAAGGAACCCAAAACCUCAACGUGGAGCUCAUGGUAAGAACAAACCCACAGCAACACUCUGUACUGUUAAGUCAGAAAUCAGCUUCAGAUCUGGGCUCGUGUUACAGAAAACAUCUGCCUGGGAAAUUUCCCACCAUGUGCUAUCUAACAUCUCUUUUUGUCAACUUUGCUCAAUCUUUGAGCCCAUGAAACAGAGCUAAACCAUGAUAACAAUAAGACUUUUCUAAAGCCUAACCUAGUGGAUGCUCUGGACUCAACGUAGGAGGCCAAACCUUUGAAGUGUCACUAAAAGCUCCGAGUUCCUGUAAGAUUAGAGAUGCUGACAAAAUGGACUGGAGGAGCACAGAUUGGUACUGAUGUCAAUGCAAAGGAGCCUGUAAACAUUAAGGACUGACGAUAAUCGUUAUUUAAAUGUCUGAAACUUCUGCUGGGAUGGCUGUGUCUGGCUAAAUGAUUAGCUUCAGGUAACUGAAACUGCCUUAAUUUAUGUCCUGCAGGAGUUUCCAUGAGUAAUACAUCAAAGUGUUCAAAUACAGCAGGAUAAGUUUUUUUUUUUUUUUUUUUUUUUUUUUUUAAAUUAAGAACCAGGAGUGCACCAGAUUUUAGGCAUUGUAAUGGUAUUGGCAGAUGAGAAUUUCUGCCCAAAUAUUAUUGGCUGAAAAUUUGUCAUGAGAAAAACAAUAAGUGAAUCAUUAAAUAUGUUCAUGCAUGGACAGCUUACACAUGCAAACAGGUGUGAACAGAAUACUUCCCUACGUGACUGUGGGGAAGUAUUUAGAAACAGACACAUCAGUGAUUAACAGAGAAGAGAUUCCUAGGAAAAUCAGUUGUUGUUUGCCUUGUUUUAUGUCUAUUUCUGUUACAAAUGGACUGUCACUUUGGGAAUAUCAGGUCAAUUCUAUUAUCAGAGGGCUUUGUGUUACUAACAAUAAAAAAAAACCUGUCUAUACAUUGGGUUCAAUAUCAGUCGGGGCAAUAAUGCGUUUGAAAAUAUUGGCCUUUUGGAUAGCAGCAAAAAAUGAAAACAAAAUAACAAAAUCAGGCUGUUUUUAGCAGCUGGUCUGAUUUUCCAUAUUACUCUUAAACUUGUCCAAAUUCUUGAACUAGCCCAAUCCCUGCUUUGCUGUUUUUUUUAUGUUUGGCUGAAGAUGUCCUCUCUUCCAGAUUAAACAUCUCCACACCCUGGGUGCAACAUCACUCCACUGUCCUGCAAAGAUCAGCAAAAGAACAGUGCUUCUUGUGGAGUCGGUGCUCACAGUGCAGGCAGACAGAGUGGCAGGUAGGAGAGAAGCACACCUGCUGUGUUCAAGGACCUGAAAAAAGUCAGUGAGAUAAUCCUUAUGUUAACGAGUGGUUGACUGAUAUACUUUAAGGGCUGAUACCAGUGCCAAUGAUUACAGAGCCCACCAGCUAGUGGCCAAUAUAUAAUGUCGAUACCACAUUGCUGUUAAUUUUUUUGUUCGACAAAAUAUCAUCAGUCAAACACAGUAAUAGUUCAUAGUUCAUGUACAGUAAAGUCUGAAAUAUUUGUUGGUCUUAACCGGUGACAUGUUUGGAUUUUAGGGUAAUUCAUAAAAUAAAAACAUACAUAUUAUUGUCAGAUGGAAUAUUAAACUCUGUUAUUCUCUACAUCAUGGCAGAAUAUAUGUGAAGCACAUGACAGUAACUGUUAGAUUUGAUCUGCUGUCAUUUAGGAUGAGGGAAAUCUGUUUUUAUUGAAGAAGCUGUUGAUGAUGCGACAGUGAUGAGACUGCCUGCAGUGUCUGCAAGCAUAGGUUGUUGAUUGUUGAAGUUGUCAUAAGCCUGAAUAUCAGCUGAUGCCAAUUAUUCCAAAUGCCAUUGAUGGUUGUGUCUCUUAUGGUAAUUUUGUAGAAACAAUAGUCUUCAGAUAGAUCAGCUUUUAAUUGCUUUAACCCUUGUACCUUAUUAAGGUUUCUGGAGGGGUAAGGCCUUGUCUUUGAUGCUAUAACUUUUUUUCUAUUAAUGCCCUUGCAAAGAAAUUCCUAGAAAAUGUGUAUUUUGUGAUGAGGCAUGAUAUACCUGAAAUUGAAGAAAAAAAACCCUAUGGUUAUGUUUUUUUCUUCAAAUAUGCUUAAUCUUGCAUUAGCGCCACACAAGUGCCCCAUGCAUUCCAAUGGGAAACCACUUGUCUUUUACAUAUACCCAUAUCAGUGGGAAAAAAUGAAUUUCAGCAAAGACUGUUUUCCCCCUUUUCUGAAGACAUUAAAGAUGCACUGUGCACUUUCAGCCACAAGGUGCACCUUUUUUUUCAUGAAUAAUAGAGGCUGAUCUAGCCAGGUGGUCAAAACCCCAUUAUUCCUUAUGGGAAUUUGGCAAAAAUUACAAUAUUCAAAAAUUAGAAAAUGCACAUCAUUUUAUUACUAAUAAAAUUAAGCAUUUUUUUAUCUUAUUUUUACCAUUUUACUUUAUUUGGGCAUGAAUCUGUCUCAAAUUUGUUAUUCUGGUGUUUUUUUAUUUUUUUUACCAUUUUGGUCAGUUUGACACACCCGUAAACCACAGCCUAUGAUAGAUGCAGUCUUUUGGAAGGAAAAUCUGCUACCUGUUUGUAAUAUACUGCCACAAGAGUUCAAAUCAGAUUUUUCCCCCCAUUUUUUUGCAUUUUAUCUUGAGUCUAUUUCCAAUCAAACUUUUUCAAAUUAUGAAUGCUGAAAUUUCAUUUGUUUUCAUAUUCGUUAUUGACCUUCAGUGAGAGGCCAUUUUUUGCAAAAAAACAAAAGUGGACUGUAGAAGUGAAUAAAUCAGGUGUGCAUGUAUUUUUUUUUAUGUGUUAGUGUUUUCCGUGUGUGCAUGGUCGUGUGUGUUCGUGUGCAAAUGUUUGUGCACGCGCAUGAUCUUGCGCGCGCUCGUCACAGCCAGCGAUUGCGUUCAUGGCACAUGCGCCCCAAGCGUCCGAGGUUGCCCCGGGUACAGCCGCCCCGUUACCCGUGAUCAGAUAGCCUUAGGCCCGCGUCAGCAAAGGCGGGGAGCCGCUGGCUGCUCUGGAGGUGGUAACCUCACCUCACCACUCGAAAACGGGGGUGUCGGAUGGUUGUCGCCGGCGAAUUUUACGCGCUUCGCGGCGGGGACACACACACACACACACACACACACACACACACACACACACACACACACACAAAGCUCAUCCCCAUCGCGGGUCAGUCCCGACCAGAGCAGUGUUUAAUCCACAGUGUUUAAUCCACUGCUCUGGUCCCGACCUCUUCUUCUUCUUCCGGGUAACGGGGUUUUGCAUCCGGCAGUCCGACGUAACUCGUAGGCUAAUUGCUGUGCCGCGCCACCUGAUCUGGAGGUACCGCCCCUCAGCUCCACAGAUCGUAAGCACACACACACAGACACACACACGCACACACACACUCGCACGCCGGCACACACAAACACUCGCUCGCAGGUACACGCGCGCGCGCGCACGCACGCACGAAGGUACACACAAACACCCACACACGCACAUACAUGUUUCAAACUAAAAUUAAAAGGAUUAAAAGUUUGAAAAUAGUUGAUUUUUUCUUUUGAGUGGUUAGAGCAGAAGUCAAUGAUGACAGCCAUGAUAAAAAAAGGGCAACUUUUCAUUUGUAGAUGACUUUAUAGGCCACAAAGACAGUGGCAGUUCCGUGCCACUAAUGCAAGAUUAGUCGUUUUUUUUUUAUUUUAGGCUGUGACGCAAAAACUGAAACUGCAACUAAAACUAAUUUCACACAUAUUCAUACCACUCAUAGGUUCUGAUAAUCUUGCACAAAGAAAUUUGAUUUUGCAUUACUCUUAUAAUUUUUAGCCCUUUUUUUAAAUUUUGGGCAUUUUUUACGGUGUGUUUACACUAAAGUUAAAAAGGUUAAAAGUUUGAAAGUGGGUGAUUUUUUAUUUCGAGUGGUUAGAGCAGAAGUCAAUGAUGACAGCCAUAAUAAAAAAAGGGCAACUUUUCAUUUGUAGAUGAUUUUAUAGGCCACUAAGUGACAGUGGCAGUUCCGUGCCACUAAUGCAAGAUUAGUCGUUUUUUUUUAAUUUUAGGCUGUCACGCAAAAACUGAAACUGCAACUAAAACUAAUUUUACACAUACUCAUACCACUCAUAGGUUCUGAUAAUCUUGCACAAAGAAAUUUGAUUUUGCAUUACUCUUAUUAUUUUUAGCCCUUUUUUUUAAAUUUGGGCAUUUUUUACAAUGUGUUUACACUAAAAUUAAAAGGGUUAAAAGUUUGAAGCUGGGUGAUUUUUUCUUAUGAGUGGUUAGAGCAGAAGUCAAUGAUGACAGCCAUGAAAAAAAAGGGCAACUUUUCAUUUAUAGAUGAUUUUAUAGGCCACUAAGUGACAGUGGCAGUUCCUUGCCACUAAUGCAAGAUUAGGGAUUCUAUGUUAAUAAGGUAGCAGGGUUAAAUAAACAGUCCUUGUGUUGUUUGAUUGUGACUGAGUUACACACUUAACACAUUUUACAGUGUAAAAAACAACUUCAAACACAUUUUGUUUCUUACAGACUUGACAUCUUUCAUUUCAAAUGAUCUUUCUUAUGACCAGCCUUCUCUGCAGUAUCAGUGUAUCUCAUUUUCAGCAUGUAUUGUCCUGAGCAGUUAACCACUGAGCUCUUGUAUCAUAGUAGUGCAAGAGUUAAAAAACAGUCAAGUUUUAUUCCCGUCAAUUUUUGCUGCUCAAUUUCUUCCAAAUAUGAUGAAAGUUGUGUUGUUUUGACAUAUUUUCCCAGAGUUGUGUGAUCAUAUUUAACAUAACUUCUUGACUCCAGAUUGAAAAUGGGGUAGCAUCCAAACUCUUUAAAGUAGGAGUUGUGAAAUCGGUCAGAAAAGUGGAUAAAGCUGACAUGAUGCUGUAUACAUAAUUAAAUAUUCCUCUGACAGAGUUACAGAAGGAGCUGCCAGCCUCUCAGCCUUUGUCUCAGUUUAGAGCAAACUCUCUGCCCACCAGAAUCAGAGCCCAUGGAGUCAUCACCUUAGGUAAGCUGUUCUUCUCCAAGCUUUUGAGCUCUCACAGUUUUUAACGUUUCUGCCCUGUCAUCAUAGUAUUACACUACAAACACAUGAUGUAGCUGGCUUUGGUUGAAGCCAUAAAGACCUUUUUCAUGUCUCUCCCUCCCUCCUGUCUGCUGGUCCAGGUAAACUGUGUCUGCAGCAUGAGAAUCUGGUCCAGAAGUACCUGCCGGUGUUUGCCAGAGAGCUGGAGGUCGGGACAGAAAUUGCUGUGCGUAACAAUGUCUUGGUGAUCAUGUUUGACCUGUGUGUGCGAUACACCAACAUUGUGGAUCACUACAUCCCCAACAUCUCUGCCUGUCUGCGAGACAAUGAAGCUGUCAUCAGGGAGCAUACCCUCAUCAUGCUGACCAACCUGCUUCAGGUGAACUGCCUCACACACUGCUCCGAAUUAGAUUGGAAACGAGGUUGCAUUCACCAAGAAAAACAAAAUUUCAUUGUCCUUCUCGUUCACACGUAUCUCAGGGAGGAAUAGCGAAAAUAACAAAGCACUCUUAUAAAUCAAAUAGCUUACCUGCCUUUACAAAGGAAAUAGAUACAAACCUAAACUAGCUCCCUAAAGUAAAAACAGGAGGAAAGGAUCAUUGUCAAGCUAUUCUUUUUCUGUAUCAUUUAUUGAUGUUAUUGAUUCUGUUUCAGUUAUUUCACAAUCUUGUAAUUACAAGAUCAGGAUCUCGUAAUUACAAGAUUAUGUGUCUGAUUUUUUUGUUAUCCAGUGAAUGCAAUGUGCUUUUGUAGCAUACUAUCUCCAUUGCAUAAUCUUCCAUUUUUCACAUGAUGAAUAUGUGCUAACCUGUUGUUGACAUACCUCACUGGGUUAUCUCUGUGAUGAUCUGUUAUUGUGAUGUGAACAUUUGCUAGAGUUGUUUUCAACUCGCGUUGAAAGCGAGGCGUUUGAAGCGAGAAGCACGUUGAACGUGACACAAAUUCACAAAAAUAGGCUGCUCAUUUUGUGCUAUUUGUGCCGACCAAUUCGCAUCAUACAUAAUGCCCGAGUAGAACGCCCUUCUAAUCGCAUCUUUGUAUUGACUUAACAUGUAAUUUACUCGGGCAUAUUUUUUUACUGAAGCUUGGUGUGAACACAAGGUGAGACUGUCUUUGUGUUGACCAUCUUUGCAGUGCACAGUGGCCCUCAUUCAUCAAUCUUGCGCAGAUCUGAGUGCAGAUCUGAGCGCAGGAUUCAUCAUAGGAUAGGACGCACGUGAGAUUUAUGAAAGGGUUCGUAUCUGACCAAUCCCAGCGUACGUAUGAUGGGGUCUUGAUAAAUGCAGCAGCUGAAAUCGAUUGUCAUUAACAUGUUACGCCCUUAAAUAUUUGUGGUUCAGUAGCCUUGCCCACUGAGGUCAGACAUGAAAGAGGAAAAAUAUUAGAAAGAUUUGAAACUUUUCCGACAUUAAGGUGGAUAUCCUCACAUCUGUGGUGGAAACUAACAAGGAUUUUCUCUUUGGAAACAUCAAAACUGGUACAAAAGCAGUCCAGAAAUCUCCUGUCUGGAGCAGGACUAUGGAGGUGGUGAACAGCGCCGGAAUAGUGGACAGUGGCUGAAGUUUGAAUGAAUCAUUGGUCAAUAAGUUGCUCGUGAUGAUACAUUAGUAUCUCAUACAUGCCUCAUAUUUUCUUUUAUUGCCAUGACAUAGGGUACGCUGCUCCUGUUAUUGAAAGUAUUCAGUUUUAAUUUGUUUCAUCUUUGUAAUGUGGAGCAGACUGGAGAGUCUUGACAGAGGCUGAACAAAAAUAAUUAUUAACGUCACCAAAUGGUGUGUUGCUGCCCCUGAGGCACAUUUUUAUGGAUUUCUAUUGGAUUUUUAUCACUGAUUAAACAGUAAGAGCACUUUCUAAACUUAUACUUCACAUGUCAUGUCAGAUAAGGUCAUGUCUCCUCUGUACAGCACCUUUGUGGAGUCUGUCCUCAUUAUUGUUCUCCGGGCAUCGGGUCCGCAUGUUGCACCGGCACAGCAAACGGCACUCCAUUCGCCAGUGCAACAUUGUGCAUAACUGAAAAAAUCUUCAGGAGUGUACAACAACAUCCCCGCUGCUGGGCCAAAACAGAGACACCUGCCUUUUAGGAGUCAAACAGUGCUCCACAGUGGCGCGUGUGCGUGUGUGCGUAAUGUUGAAACAGUGCUCCUGCUCUGUGGUAGUGAGAGUUAUUGAAUAGGCCUAUUCACUAAGGACAUAAAAAAUUUAUUUUAUUUUAUUUACGUCUUAAUGUUUAAUUAAAUCUGGCUGAUUGUGCUUCAUGACAGGUUUGAGGUUUGUUUAUCAAUUAUUUUGAGACAGAUAUUUGCUGCACCGCAGAUCCACACUGACUCAAACUUAUGUACACGAUGUCAGACCUGUCGUGAGAUUUGGUCGUAGCGUACGCUUACAUGCAGAUUGAUAAAUGCUGAUCCUCACGUCAAAAUUUUCUUACACAAGGUGUACGCAAGUUUUCUGCCGUACGCAAGCUUGAUAAAUGAGGGCCACUGUGUUUAUAGACAGUCUGCUGCCUGGAGUGUACGCCACUUUCCACAAACAGGAACACUUUAAAAAUGUAGGCUUUGUAUUUUCUCCUUUAGCAUACAUGACCCAAUAUUGCCAUGAAUUCACUCUAUAUGUUUGCAGGACUUUUAGCUGUCAAGUUUCUCUUAAAAAUUUUUUUUUUUUUCUUCUUCUUUUUUAUUUUAGGAGGAAUUUGUGAAAUGGAAGGGCGCCCUCUUCUUCCGUUUUAUGGUGGCCUUGGUUGACCCAGUGCCUGCCAUUGCCAGGUAACUGCAUGAUGAAUGGUUUUAUAAACUAAUAUGUGGCUAAGGGGUGUAGUAUCACUAUGAUAAACAUUUAGCAACCAUGACAUGACAACAAGAGGUGAACUUUAGUAUUAAGUGUAGGUGACAUUUCUACUAGGACAUGUUAGCAUACACCUAAAUCUUUAUAACACCACUUAAAGUCAAACAUGAGAAACACAGUUUGCCUGGAAAAAAAAAUCAUGAAGAGCAUUAGAAGCUUCCAACAAUCUCCAGUCCAGUCAUAUCAAAUCUGACUGUAUUCUGUUUGUUAUCCCAGUCUGUGUGAAUAUUGCCUCCUCAACGUGCUGCUGAAGAAGAACCCAGAAAUGUUCAGCCAGCAUUUCAUUGAGGGCAUCUUCCACUUCAACUCCUACGACAAACACAAGACCUACAACAAGUUUCCUCAGAGUGAGAGGUAGAUAAAUGGAUAGUUUUGUUUUAUCUGUAGAAAAAGACAACUCAAGGAUGCAUCAACACUUCAAAAUUCCUCCAACUGUCACAGCUUUAACAGCAGGAUGGCUGGGAUUCUGAGUAACGUGAAUUGUUUUUAUAUAUUGAUGGACUUAUUUCUUAAACCCAUGCAGAGAAAGAGUCAAGUUCUCUCUGAAAGGAGCUCAAAACUGUGAGAAGCGUUUCCGGAUCUACUGCUUUCUGUUGGAACACUUCACAGACGCACAGCGCUUCAACAUCGUCAACAAAAUCAACCAGUCUGUCUUGGGUGAGCACAUGAGUAUACUAAGAAUGCAAACUAAGCUAUAAAUCAACCAGACAUAGAUCAAUAGUUAAUGUUCUGUCUCUUUCUGACAUAAAUGAUCAAUUCUACACAAUAUCAUGCUCUACAAAUAAUAGACAUCUUUGAGUAUCUCAACACAAUGUUGUUUGAUAUUGGCUGUUGCCAAGAAUCAGUGUUAACCUGAAGCUAUUCAAUAUAUCAACUCUUUGUGCCCAGCAUGUUUUGCAGAUGAGGAGCUGCCUCUGGAUGCAGAUGGAGCUGAAAUCCUGUCCGAGACCUUCCACAUCCUGAGUCUAAAGGAGAUGAAGCUGCAGGCUGUAUCUCAUCCAGCAGAAAGCUCUGCAGAGGAGGAAACAGGGGAGGAGAACAUGGCCAAGGUUGUCCUGCAGGCUGCACAGAAGAAGAUGGUGUCACAGGUGAGCUGUGCUGAAAAAUGCAACUUCUCUGACGAAUCAAAUGUGUCUUCAUGUCCACCAAACUGGCUUUUUACUUCUAAUUCUUGCAAGUGAGCCUCUUUUCUUUCUAAAGCCUGGCAGAAAUCUUAACAUUUUUUGGUUAAAUAAUUUUGUCAUUUACAGCACAGUGGAAGUGUUCAAAUAUGAGUUUAGACAGGAGCUUGAUUUUCACAGGUCUAAUGUGGAGAAAAGUUUGAAAAAGGACAAAAAAGAGUGGAAAUUUUGCAAAAGCCUGGAAUGCAGAAACAGUGUGUAAAACAUGAUGCAUCAUGGUGAGAAACUGUACACACCACAGCCAGAGCAAAAUGAUAGUACUGCAGGCCAAAUCAAAAACUCACUGAAGUGAUGUGACCCACACCACCUUUACAAAGUGCACAACAGAAUCUGCACUGGUGUUUUUGUAGAGUGAAGUAUAAAAGAGCCUUUUUUGACUGAUGAAAAGAUUUUUGUCUGCUUUUUCUCUCUCCAAACUGGAGUUAAAAAGUUGAAUAAAGCUGAUAAAUUUGCCUUUAACCUUAACAGCACCUGCUAACAAACUGACAAACUCACACCUGAACUGUAGAUGUGAAACAUUGUGGUGAUGUUGCAUUGAGGAUGUUCUUAUUUACUCAGUGCAAACAUUAGAAAGGAAGCCUGUUCCACAUCUAUUCAACAUAAACAUGGACUUACUUGAAGACCUUACUAGCUAUUAGUACAAAGGAGAUGUAGCAGAGUCCCAAGCGGUUGGACUAUAGACCAAUUUACAGCUUACCUCAUCAAGAAGCUGUGCUGCAGUGUGGCAAGUAUCAACAAAAGCAACCUACUACCACUCCCACUCACUCAAACAACCAAGCAAGCAGGACAUAUCGAGGAUCCAUCACAAUGUUACACACGCGCACACAGAGCAGCAAUCCGAUGUAAACAUCGGCAUUAAACUAAAAACUAAACAAUCUGUAUUUUUAUUUUAUUUAUUUUAUUCAAAUGAUGCGCUUAAACUGAGAGGUUGCUGCAAGUCUGGCCUCUCCAUAUUAUCUAUAAUUUUUGCUAGAUUUUUUUUCACAUUUUUGUUGUAAUUUUGUUGGCUGCUGAUGGAUACUUCUGCUGGGCGAAGAGUUUACUCAAGAGAAGAGCUCCUUUUAUUAAGGAAAAGCAAAUCUGGACAACAACAUACAAUUCCAGAGGACAUCAGGAGGUGUUAUCAUGGUUGCUGUGCUGGUGCAAAGGUGAAGGCAAAGCUGAAUGCUAAGAGGUGGCGAUAUAAACCCUUUCUUUCAUCAAUCAUCAUGGGAAACGUCUAGUCUCUGCCCAACAAAAGCGAUGAGCUGGAGAUCUUGGUGAAGACUGAGAAAGCAUACCGUGACUGCAGUUUCCUGUGUUUUACUGAAACCUGGUUGAAUUAAAACAACUCAGACUCCAGUGUAGAUCUACCUGGCUUCACUCUCAUAAGGUCAGACAGAGAUGCUCAAGCAAGUGGCAAGAAGAAAGGAGGAGGUCUGGCUUUAUUUUUCAGCCGGAGAUGGUGUAACCCUUCAAACAUAACUGUCAAGGAGAAGUUGUGUUGUCCAGAUAUUGAACUGUUGGCAGUUGCUCUUUGGCCAUAUUAUGUUCCAAGAUAAUUUAAUUAUAUCAUAACAGUAGUUGUUUACAUUCCACCCAAAUCAACUGAAGAAUGCUGCAAUGUUUUGCAAAAUAGUGUUGCCAGGCUACAGACUCAACACCCGGAGGCACUAAUAAUAAUAUCAGGAGACUUCAACCAUGUCACCCUCUCCUCUCACCUGACUGAAUUCACACAGUUUGUGAACUUUCCUACCAUAGAAAACAAGACCCUGGAUCUGCUGUAUGCCAACGUCAAAGAAGCCUACAGAGUCACUGCCUUACCACCACUGGGCAAGUCAGAUCAUAACUUGGUCUAUCUGCAGACCUGUUACAGACCUUAUGUACUGAGGCAGCCUGUGACCAAAGUCAAAAUCAGAAGAUGGACACCUCAAGCCAGUGAAGCUCUAAGGGACUGUUUUAAAUCAACAGACUGGAAUGUGCUGCUGGAAACAGAUGUGGAUAGUAUGAACAUUGAUAAACAGUUUGACUGCUUUACUGAUUAUGUCAACUUCUGGAGAGACACAGUUAUAUCCACAAAACUGUUCGCUGUUUCCCCAACAACAAACCCUGGAGACAUAAAAGCAAUCCUUAACCAGAAAAAGAAAGCUUUUAAAGAUGGUGACAAAGAACAACUCAAACAAGUGCAACAAGAGUUGAAGAGGAGACUGGAGAUGGCAAAGCAGGAGUGCAAAAAGAAGAUAGAGAGGAUUCUACAACACAGCAACAUCUGUGAAGUGUGGAGAGGGAUCAGUACCAUCUCUGGACACAGCAGUAAACAGAAAAGACAGCCAGUGGUGGGUGAUAUGGAAAGAGCUGAUGAACUCAACCUGUUCUUCAACAAAUUUGACACUGCUGUCACUCCCUCUUCCACUGUUACUCCACCUUCCUCUCUGCAACAAAUCUCCACUAUAACUUCUCCCCUUCCUCCUCCAUCUUGUUCAGAUGUCUCAAACACUUCAACUACCUCCCUCCUAGAACACCAGUCCUUGUCUGUCACAGAAACAGGGGUGAGGAUGGAGCUUGGAAGACUUUGUCCUGGAAAGGCAGCUGGUCCAAAUGGUGUGUGUCCAAGGCUGCUUAGAGACUGUGCUACAGAACUAUGUUAACCUCUCCACAAGGUCUUCAACCUGAGUCUACAGCUGGGGCGGGUACCUGCUCUGUGGAAAACAUCCUGCAUUGUGCCAGUACCAAAAAACAAAAUGUCCUGCUGAAAUCAAUGACUACAGACCAGUGGCCCUCACUUCACACAUCAUGAAAACCCUGGAGCGGCUGAUUCUAUGCCUUCUGAGGUCUGAGGUCAAAGACAAACUGGACUCCCUGCAGUUUGCAUACAAAGAACACAUUGGAGUGGAUGAUGCUGUCCUCUACAUGCUUUGGUGUGCCCCGUCUCAUCUGGAGGAACCUGGGAUUUAUGUGAGGAUCAUGCUCUUCGACUUUUCAAGUGCAUUCAACACCAUCCAACAAACCAUACUCAAAGAAAAGCUCACAGAGAUGGGAGUGGAUCCCUCCUGUGUUCCUUGGAUCGCAGAUUACCUGACAGGAAGGCCACAGUUUGUCAGGCUGAGGAACUGUGUUUCUGGGACAUUAAUGAGCAGUGCAGGGGCCCCACAAGGGAUAGUGCUGGCACCAUUCCUGUUCACACUGUAUACGUCAGACUUAAAAUACAGCACUGAGUCCUGCCAUAUCCAGAAAUACUCAGAUGACACCGCUAUUGUGCCAUGUAUCAGAAAUGGACAAGAAGCUGAAUACAGAGAUCUGAUAAGAGCCUUCAGUGACUGGAGUCACAAAAACUGCCUCCUCCUCAACACCUCAAAGACAAAGGAGAUGGUCAUAGACUUCCGUAGAUCCAAACCCCCUCUUCAGCCAGUGAACACCUGUGGAGUGGACAUCGAAGUGGUGACAUCAUAUAGAUACCGAGGUGUACAUCUGGAUAAUAAGUUGGACUGGUGACCUAAGAAUAUAGACUUCAUCUACAGAAAGGGGCAGAGCCGCCUCUUUUGCCUGAGAAGACUCCCAUCAAUAGACAUCUGUAGUAAGAUGCUGCAGAUGUUUUAUCAGUCUGUCGUGGUAAGUGUGCUGUUCUAUGCUGCAGUCUUCUGGGGAGGAAGCAUCAAACACAAAGAUGCAAGAUAUCUGAACAAACUAGUGAAAAAGGCUGGCUCUGUGGUAGGACUCAAGCUGGACUCAGUGGAGGAUGUGGUGGAGAGAUCUACACUGAGGAAGGUGGAGUCUAUUCUAAAGAACAUGGAUCACCCACUGCACAACACCUUGAUGGACCAAAGGGCCAAUGGUGGUGGACGGCUCCUCUUUCUUCGCUGCAGGACAGAAAGAUUCAGAAGAUCUUUUGUACCAACAGCCAUAAGCCUUUUAACUCUUAUGUAAAUAAUAGAUAUCUUUUAUAGACAUAUGUGGGACAAGAGACAAUUGAAUUUCCCUUUGGGAUCAAUAAAGUUAUUCUUAUUCUGUAUAAACUCUAACUUUAUAAACUGGUCUUAUACCAAAUCAGACUACUUUAUGUACAUAUUGACCUGGAAAAUAUCCUCUCAGGGAGGGAAGUAACUGAAUGGAAAGAUUCAAAGAGCAGUACAAACAAUCGAAAAGAAGCAGCACUUUUUUCUUGGUUUGUUUUUCUGAAAUGCUUCUGCAAGAGUGAGAAAGUCACUUUAGUAGAAAGGAGCUUUUCUACCCUUGUUUUUCAGUGGGAUUGGUAGAUUCCUUUCCUUUCUGCCUCCUGUUGUGAUCCACAGGUCCAGAAGAAGGCAUUCAUUGAGAACAUGGUUCCUGUCAUCAUCAGUCUGAAGAGUCUGCUGGAGCAGAAACGCUCUCCAGUCCUCAGAGACCUCAUGUCUUACCUUCAGGUGAGAGCACAGCAUGGAUACGUGUACAUACAUGGUCAAAGAUGAAGGACCACUGUUUGAACUGAAUGAGAUAUUUUCAGGGGCCAUUUAUAGUCAUAAAGCCAUGUUCUUAGAGUCACUCACAGUCCUGCAUAAAGAGCCCCUUGUAAGCUGCAUCACAUCCUCUGAGUAACUUUAGUCAUGACUUGAUUCUGUCACUUCCAUCAGGUGACGAUGAAAGACUACCGCAAUGAGGUGAAGGAGUUUUUCUCUGGAGACGACCAGCUGGCAGCUGAGGUGGAGUUUGCUUUAAAGACAGCAGAAAGGGAGAGAGAGAUGGAGGAACAAAUGGACAACUGCAGCCUGAGUAGAGAGGCCAGGACACCCACUGCACAGGUGAGACCAUGGCACACAACUGAACACAGAUAAACACAUGCUGGAGCUGAAGAUUUUAAAGAUUGAGAUUGAGAUUUGAUCACUGACGAAAAACCAUCAGUGUUUCUUUUAAACUUAGAAGCUCAGUAUCUUUGAGUCAUUGAUAGUGUCCUAGUGACUCUGCUCUCUCCUCAGCAUUCGGUCUAUGGCUCUCCCAUCAAGUCCAGACCCCUCCUCCCGUUCAUCUUUGCCACUCCUCAGCCUCCACAGCCAAACCUGCUGUCAGUCAGACAGGCCUUCACUGACGGGUACGUUUUCAUCAUUGCAGACUGUAGUAGAAUAGACGCUUCAAUAAGAUGUCCCAGAUCUCAGUAAUGAUGAAUGAUUCGAGAUGAAAAUAUUUGAUUUCAUUCUGAGAUCCAUUGAGAACAAAAUAACUUAAGAAUGAUUGAGGGAAACCAAAAAUCAAAGCCUUUAUCACCCAAAAACUGCUGACUCACUCACCGGGCAUUGUAACGCACCAGAAGAAGCCCAGGGCCCAUUGCAGCAGCAUUUGGUCUGACAGUGGGUCUGAGGAUCUCAUCUUGGUACCUAACAGCAGUCAGGGUACCUGAGGCUAGCAGGUGGAGGUCUGUGCAGCCCCCCAACCAUAAGCCUCCCUGGAUCAUCACUGACCCACCACUGAACUGCUCAGGCUGGAGGAUGUUUCAGGCAGCAGAAAGUUCUCCACAGACUCUCUCACAUCUGUCUCAUGAGCUCAGGGUGAACCUGCUCUCAUCCAUGAAGAGAACAGGACCCUGCUGUGGAGCUGUGAUUCUGGUUUUCUCUGGUAAACACCAAUCAGGCUGCAUGGUGCGGGGCUGUGAACCUAGGCCCCACUUGUGGACGUGGUUGGGGCCCUAAUGGGGUCUGUUUCUGACGGUUUGGUCGGAAACAUGCGCAUGAGUGGUCUGCUGGAGAUCAUUUUGUCAGGCUCUGGCAGUGCUCCGUCUGGUCCUCCUUGCACAAACGAGCUGAUAGCAGUCCUGCUGCUGGCUUGUUGCCCUCCUGUGGCCGCCUCAACCUUUCCUGGUGUUCUUGCCUGUGUCCUGGUAUCUCCUCCAUGCUCUUGACUCUGUGCUAGGAGGCACAGCAAACCUGGUGUGGAGGAGCUGCAUUCCCUGAGAAGCUUUUGUGGGCGGCAGAUACCUCCUCAUGCUUCCUCUAGUGGUGAAAAAAUGCAGAAGUAGCCAAGAAUCAGUCAGACAGGAUGGGGAGAGGGAAAUGGUCUGUGGCCUCUAGCUGUAAACCCCUUGUUCUUUGCCUCUCCUCUUUGCAUGUUGUCUUUCCCAUUUGCUCCUCAGCAGGUGAAACUGAUUCUCAAUCAUUGUUGCUUCCUAACUGGGCAGGUUGACUCUAGAAGUGUGAUUGACUUGGAGUUACACUGAGAUGAACAUGUCGUCCUUUUUUUGUACAGUCAACAAUAAACCGCAUCAGCUCAGCUGCUGUCUUUUUUAGCUCAAACCCUCAGCUGCUGAGGUAUUCUACAAAAGCACUCUUGCAUCCAGGGCAUAUAAAAACAAUGUGAUGUUUGGCAUUAGGGUGACAGAAAAUUAAGGCAGUCAGUGAUGGGUGUGUCUGUGUUUCUUAUCAGGCGUGUGAGAAGAUCCAGAGAGGAAGAAGGCGCCCCAACUAAGUCCAUCACUCUGGAGGGAACAGGUACGUUUUGUGGGAUUUAAAAGAAAUGAGCUCAAGUCCACAGUGGGGGAGUUCAGUGAGGAGGUCAGGGGUUGGGAUAGAUCAGUGUCCUGUGAAUUUAAAGGACCACUCUUGGGAUUUAUACAUGGGUGUGUAGCAUUUUGACAAACUUCAAACAGUCAUGUUAAUUCUUGCUAUAACAAACACAAUAUUUAUAUGUAAAAAGUGUAAUGAAAGAACUGAAAUGUUUGAUGUCCUCUGAAAGACAUUCAUUUUGACAUUCACCUUAUUGUCAUUACGGUGGUGAUAAGAUGACGAUUUACGUGUUUUUACAGACUGUUUGAGCUGCAGAACAUCAUUUCAGUGGUUUAGGGAAAUGAUAAAGGUUCCUUUGCAGUUUCUAAAUCCAUUCGGAUGUUAAAUCAAUUACAGAAAUAAAAGCAGCUGUUCAAACACUUUCGUCACACAUUCAAAUCUGAGGAAUUUUUUAUUCAACACAUUUCCACAAUAAAAACUCCCUCCUGAUUGGCUGUUGACUGUGUUUCAUUAUGUGACUUUGUUUCCAGUGAUGCCUAAAGGGGCCAUGAAAGACAGAGCUGUCAGCACACCAGUGGGUAAGAAAUCAUGAUUCAAUCAAUCAUCAAUCUUUAUUUACACAGCACUGGUUCACAACAAAUGCACUCUGAAGUAGCUUUACAAAAAUUGCAGGUCUAGACCAAACUCUGAUUAUUUACAAAGGUCUGACAUCAAGACAAGGUAUAAUUCAACCUUAGUGCAUCUUCAUCUACCACAAGCAAAGGACUGUGCAGGAUUUAGAGAGUAAAAAGGAAAGGUAGAACCAGACUUAUGUUAGUCACUUGCUGAGACUUUUGUGACAAGUUGCAGAUAGGAAGAGAAAGAGACAGACAAAGACAAUACCUAAAUUAGCUUAUACAGACUUUUGGUGACUGAUCUGGGGCCCCUUUUAUAAAUGCUGCGUACACACAUUGGCCCUCAUUUAUCAAGCUUGCGUAUGGCAGAAAAAUUACGUACACCUUGCGUAUGUAAGUUGCAAUGUGAGGAUCGGCAUUUAUCAAUCUGCACGUGAGCGUACGCUACGACCAAAUCUCACGACAGGUCUGACAUCGCGUAUUAGUGCUGGGCGAUAUGGAAAAAAAUGUAUAUCACGAUAUGGAUCAUUUUAUAUCACGAUAACGAUAUAUAUCACGAUAUAGCUAUGGUAUGCUUUCAGUUCUAUGAAAAAUUUAAGUGUAUACAGCUGCACUAGUACAGUGCCAGUACAAGACCAGCACUUAAAACUAGAAAAAUGAAUAAAUAAAUACGUGGCUGAAGUGCGUUCAUGUCUGUGCUCACCCAAAGUUAUGCAACACUCACAGAAAACGCAGAUAGUGUGAGCCAAAGCACUCCAUGAUAAUAAUAAUAAUAAUAAUAAUAAUAAUAAUAAUAAUAAUAAUAAUAAUAAUAAUAAAUUUAAUUUGUAAUGCACUUUACAUUUACAAAAAAUCUCAAAGUGCUACAGUACACAGUAAAAAAAGGGCAGCAACAAUAAAAAUAGCAAUAGAAUGACAGUCACAGAUUGGCAUAAAAAAAGAAUUAAAAAAAAAUAAAAAAUAUAGAGUUGUAAUGUAAGAGGCAAGGUAGUAAAAGCAUAAAGCAUAGAGGAAAACUAACCAAAGGCUUUAUUUAAAAGGUAGGUCUUUAGGGCUCUUUUGAAGAGGUUGUUCACACUGCUAGAUGUUUCUCCUCCAAAGCUGCUCUCUGCCUCCAUCAUUGUUUACUUUACGCUUGAAGCACGUAACAAGACCCGAGCAUGAAUCCGAGCGCUUUAUUCGCCUAUGAGGGGCAGACAGGUAAGGUGAUUUGAUUCGCCACGACUCCAGAAAUGAUUGAAAAACUACAGAAUGUCACAAAAUUACGUUUCAUUGCUGCUGGCUUGAAGGGUAGAAAUGCGCAGCCGCGCUCCCAGCUGACAGGAAGUCAAACCACUGUUGUAGUUCUUUUGUGUUGCUAGCGCGGUCAAGAGUGUUGGCUGUCACUGAGAGACGACUACAAAAAUGGACGCACCUGUUCAUCUGGUUGUUUAACACGGCUGAAAAUGAUCAUCUUUUAAUGUUGUCCCCGCUCCUGCACACUCCCGUUGCGUUUUUUCCCGUCCCGUCCCGAUCAAAGGAAUAAUUAAAAAAUGACUCCCAUUCCGCGGGAAUCACGUGACCCACGGGAAUUCCCGAAAAAUGUCAUCCUCUACAGGGAAGGUCCCGGAGCAGAUGAAACAGGUGCCGGAGCGGCUGAAAUAGGUCCCGGGUCCGAUCAAAAGAGGUCCCGGAUCGCGCUCCGACUCGCUCCGGCACAAAUUAAGCACUGCUUACAAUGAUCCCCUCACGUGUGUAACCCAUGUAACCCACAACGGCGGGAGACGCUGGACACGAAGAGGGCACGUAAAGCGGCGUCAUGUCGCAAAAUCGAAAGAGAAAUGCGAGCCUACAUGUCAACGCAUCCUUUUCUUUUUAAGAAAAUAUUGCUUUCUUUCCCGUUCGACACCAAAUACACUUACUGAAUGUGCAAUUAUUGUUGUUGUUGUUACUAUGAAUCAUCUGAUGGCACAAGCCCUAUGGAUUAAAUACAGCCUAUCGCCCAAAACGAUAAAAAUAAAAAUGGCACGAUAGACAUUUUCUAUCGUGCCCACGAUAUCUAUCGUCCUAUCGCCCAGCACUAUCGCGUAUGCAAGUUUGAGUCAGUGCAGAUUUGCGCUGCAGCAAAUGUCUGUCUCAAAGGCCUAUUUGACAACUCUGCCCAGAAACACUGCCACAAAGCAGGAGCACCGUUUUAAUAUUGCACACAUGCGCCACUGUGGAGCGCUGUGUUUGACUCCUAAAAGGCAGGUGUCUCUGUCUUGGCCCAGCAGUGGGGACGUUGUUGUACCCUCCUGAAAGGGUGUGAGACAUCAUUUGGGCCAGUACAGUUUUGCACAAUGUUGCACUGGCGAAUGGAGUGCCGUUGGCUGUGCCGGUCUAACAUGAGGACCCGAUGCCCGGAGAACAAUAACGAGGAGAGACUCCACAAAGGUGCUGUGCAGGGGAGACAGGACCUUAUCGAUGGAUUCUAACAUGUAAAGUAUAAGUUUAGAAAGUGCUCUUGCUAUUAAAUCAGUAAUAAAAAUCCAAUAGAAAUCCAUAAAAAUGUGCCUCAGGGGCAGCAACACACCGUUUAGUGACAUUAAUAAUUAUUUUUGUUCAGCCUCUGUCAGACUCUCCGGUCUGCUCUACAUUACAAAGACGCAACAAAUUAAAACUAAAUACUUUCAAUAAUAAGAGCAGGGUUCCCCAUGUCAUGGCAAUAAAAAUAUGAGGCAUGUAUGCGAUAUUAAUUUAUCAUCAUGAGCAACUUAUUGACUAAUGAUUUAUUCAAACUUCAGCCACUGUCCGCUAUUCCGCGGCAGCGCUGUUCACCGCCACCAUAAUCCUGCUCCAGACAGGAGUUUUCUGGACUGCUUUUAGACCAGUUUUGAUGCUUCCAAAGAGAAAAUCCUUGUUAGUUUCUACCACAGAUGUGAGGAUAUCCACUUUCAGCUCGGAAAAGUUUAGAAUCUUUGUAAUAUUUCUUCUCUUUCAUGUUUGACCUCAGUGUGCGAGGCUUCUGAACCAUGAAUAUUUAAGGGCAUAAACAUGUUAAUGACGAUCGAUUUCAGCCGCCGCAUUUAUCAAGACCCGAUCAUACGUACGCUGGGAUUGGUCAGAUACGAACCCUUUCAUAAAUCUCUUGUGUGUCCUAUCGUACUAUGAAUCCUGAGCUCAGAUCCGUGCUCAGUUCUAUGCAAGAUUGAUAAAUUAGGGCCAUUGUGUAGUUGUUUUUGGGAUUUAUGACAAACAACCUUGACAGGAGAAUGUGUGCACCUCCACAGCAGCUCUGACCCUGCCGUACGCACAAAAUCUGGAGAAACGGGGAACUUUGACCCUAACAGUAGAGGGGUGAAAUCAAAGACAGCUAUGUGAAAUGAAUACAUUUGUGUGAAAUAAUUGAAUAUUACACAUUUCACAACACAAAUCAUAAAUCAAGGAUAUAUUUGCAAAAAUGAAGAAAGAGGAAAGAUCUACAUUCAUGCCCCAGAGAAUGCACGAGUGUGCACGCGCUUCCAUGAAUAUGUAGCCUAUAUUUUGGAAUUAAUUUUGUUCCGUCAAUGUGAAACAAAGCGUGCUUUAAUUAUGAAAUCCAUUCACAUAAACAAGGUGAGAGGUAAUAUAUUUAUUUAUAUUUAUAAUGAUAAUUGUUAUAAAAAUGACAUGAUUGUAGCGCAAAACUGCUGAUCAAUUAGGCUAUAGCACCUGUUCGGGAAAUGAAGUGAUGGUUGGAUAUAAAAAGGCACACACUUACAAUGCAUAAAGACGCACAGUGGCUUAUCUGGCACUGCUGGAGGACGUGGGACACGUGAGAUUCCAGAGGGCGCCGAUCUUCAGUGACCUGCAAGACCUGUUGGCCCACGAUGACGAGUGGUUCCGGCUGCCACGUCCUGUGUCCACUUUUUUGAUUAAUUAAUUAAUUUUUUUUUUUUUUUUUUUUUUUUUUUUUUUACAGUCCGACCCCCUGAGGCAACAUAUUUUACAGCUUCAGCCACAUGCUUCCAUCCUUUUGCCUUUCUGGCAUGAGAAAUGCCCACACAACAAGACUGUUUUGCGUGUGUCCACCUCACCUAUUGAUAUCUCGACCUCACACAAUUUUAUAUUUUUUUUUGUUUAUUUUUUUUUUUCACUCAUUUUCCCUUUAGGUCUAUUGAGAAAUUGGUUUCAUUGAAUAUCCUUAAAAGGCGUUUACCUCCCCUUUUCUAGGCACCUUAUAGUCGGGGCUGAGUACUGUUUGCAGAAAAUAAAUGAUAAUAGACUGAUCUCAAUUUUGAUGGCAGCUACUGUUGAAAGGGAAGUUGUGAGCCUACUUUUAAAAAUGGAGAAGGGCGUUUGCCUCCUGGACCUUGGCUGCUGUAGGACUCAAAAGGAGAGGGGCCUGAUAAUUGAAAGUUUUACCUGCCAGACCAGUUUUCGAAACUUAAGGUAGACUAAAAAGAGGUUUGAUGGCUAGUACUAUGGCUAGGACCCUAUAUGUACUGUUGAUGAAGUUUGGUGCUGUUCUGAGCAUUAUUUGUGGCUAUAGAGUAGCGUUUUGGUUGAUGUUUAUGCGUGAAGACGUAGACCACUGUGUAUUGCUAUCCUGCGGUCGUUACUAAAGUUGGUAUAACUCAGUGCUUCUCAAUUAUUUUCUGUUACGCCCCCCCUAGCAAGAAGAAAACUAUUCGCGCCCCCCACUCCCCACCGUGACCAUCUCUGCAUAACAUUUUAUCCUUAUUAACAUUAAAGAAAAGAAAAAAAGAAAGACAUAUGGUCAAACUUACAAAGAAUAACUUUAUUAAAUCGUGUUUUAAGUCUGCAACAGAAAAGAUUUUAAGUGCAUCAAUGCCUGAAAUUAAAAAUAAAUAAAUCCUUGUUUAAACUGUAAACAUGUUUGACCAACUAAUUGCACCAUUGCAAAAUUAAAUCAAAUCAAUAAAUAAUAUUUAAUAAUUAUAAUAACUAAUAAACUACAAAAACUAAAAAAGUAACUAAUUUAUAUUCAGUUCAGCAACAUUAACUCAGGAGCACAAUAUAUAAAACACUUGAACCUACAAAACAAAAAUGAAUUAAACAAUUUGUGCUCUUUUUUUCUUUCUUUUUUUGAUCAAAAUGAGGAGGAAGUCAGGUUUAAUGGCUACAAUGAGCACGUUUUGCAGUGCACAGCUUUUCGAAGCGAGGUUCGAAGCAUGAUAGUGCAACUCUCAGCUCCUGCUCAAUGUUUACAAAAUAGUACAUACAAGCAGAGAUCAUUCCCACAAAAUUAAUUCAAUGAUUGUUUUGUAUGAAGGAGUAUGAGGGCCGUAUUUAGAAUUUUCUUUAAAGACUUCGAGAUUUAAGUCGUGAAUUUACGAGAAUAAAGUCAUUAAUUUAUGAGAAUGAAGUCGUAACCUGUUAUUUCAGAGGAGACUUGUUAAAAUUAGGGCCAUGAAGCAUUUGAAGGAACUUUGCUUCAGUAUAGGUUUCACAAACAAGGAGAUACUUCAUCCUUUGGUACAUCAGCAUCACAUUGUCAUAAGUAUAAAGACUUAAAAAAAGAAUGUAUGAGAAAUACGUCUUUUCCACGGGGAAAAAAACUGGUGUACUUGAAGGAAAAUCGCUGCUUUUGUGGAGGCAGAAAUGAAUAUGCUGAUGAUAUAUCUGUCAAUGCAGCCGUAAAUAUCUGUGAAUGACAUUGAGCUUUAAUUUAUGAUAUGAAUCCAUAUGCCGUAAUAAGGUGUUGGUGUCUCUGCAGGUGUAGGCUACCGCCGGUGUCAGAGACGUGGUGCUCGUAUGAGCUCGACUCCCUCUGGAUCACAAAUGUUGAUCAUCAUCAGUUUGAUUGUUUCUUCAGAAACCACAAAGCUGACCUGUCUGCUGUUUUUGUACUUGUACUUUCUUUUAAGACACGCUGUGUCUCCAAGCGAGUCCAGCCUCUCACCUGAAAUGCGCAGCUGUGCAGCGGCACGCAAAGCAUUCUGGGAUACCGACGGCACGAAAGCGUGCAUAAAUGCACGCUUGAAAACAUGCUAAGCGCGCUUAGCAUUUCUUAGCAUCUCGUGCCAAAUGGGACACCGUUCGCGCCGUCUUGCACGCUUCAAAUGCACCGUUCCACGGUGCAGAAGUGCACUUAGCUCGAUGCGGUCUCUGAAAUGAGACACAGCCCAAGGCAAACCUGUUGUCUUGUAAGUCGUAAAAUGUUGCACUGUCGCAAAUGUGACAGAAGUAACAAUGAGAGCGCCACUGCCGCCUACUGUAGUGGAUGCGCAAUUACACUUUAUACUAGUACGGCCAAAAAAAAAUAGCCUGUUCCCCAGGGUCACACGCGCCCCCCCAGGUAUCGCACCAAAUAUCGCGCCCCCUUCGGGGGGCGCGCCCCACUAUUUGAGAAGCACUGGUAUAACUAGAGAAGCAAGUGGUCGGCAACAUUCAUCUUUGGAAGCAGUGUCUAUCUCUGUGUUAAGGUAUGUUUGACCAUAACUUAAAUUUAUGCUGGAAUAUCCCUUUAAAUUGAGAAACUGAUUGCUAACAUCUUGUGCAGUUCAUUAUCCUCUCUGUCAACUUUUGGCAAUAACAAUCAAUCUAAUCCAAUUUAUUUGUAAAGCAUUUGUAAAUGCUGUUCAAUAGAGGAAUAAAAAUAUGCAAUAAAAUCUCCUUUAAAAUAGUGCAUUGACUCAAACAGUGUUAAAAGCCACAUCUAAUAGAUGUGUUUUAAAAGGGAUUUAAAAACGGGAAUGGAGUUGGCUUCUCUAAUAUUUAAUGGUAGCUCAUUCCACGUUUGAGGAGCUACUACAGAAAAAGACUGAUCAACGCUGAGCUUCCUCCGAUACCUCGGGACAACCAAGAGCAGGUGGUCAGCUGAUGGUAGGGCCCAUGGUGAAGCGUAAGGCCUGAGGAGUUCUGUGAGGUACAGGGGAGCGUGGCCAUAAAGGCAUUUGUAGGCCAACAACAGAAUCUCAACACUGGCACAUGGGGAACCAGUGGUGUGAUGAUAAAACUGGUGUUAUGUGCUCAUGCUUUCUUGUACCUGUGACCAGUGAGUGGUCCAAAUAGUCGUUAGUUACAAUUGUGCUACAAAAGUGACAAGAUGGUGUGGAUAAAGACGGGCUGCAAAGAGGCUGGAAUCAAAGCAGGGUCGCCAGCUUCAUAUCAAGGAUUAAAGCAUCUGUCCAUGGAGAAUGGGAUUCAAUUGCUGAGCCCAACCAGAGCCCUGAACAUCAACUUUUGAUCCUAAAAAAUUUCAAAUAAAAGUCUCUUUCUCUUACAUCUUGAAUGCAGCUGUUGCUCACUCUGUCUUUUGCUGAGUUUGGGGGAGGAGCCAUUACUGCUAUCUUCAAAUCCAUCUAAUUCUGCUGUUGAUAUUCCCCCCGCCUUUGUCUCAGUGAUCUGGUGUACUUAUUUGUAGUUUUUCUACCUUAUUAAGAGAAACUUAAAUCCUCCUCUCACACCCUCAACUUCACCUGCAAUCCUCCCUGUUAUCCAGGUUUUAACAUCAACUGUACUUUUGACGAAGGACUCAGUGCCAUCUCCAGUGACCAAGGAACGAGUAAGUUACCCAGAUUCAUCACUCUCUCUUAUUAUGUGUUCAGGGUAGCAGUCAGUUUUAACAAAAGAGAAGUUUCUGGUAAUUCUUCCUGAAUCACAGAAACUCCAACCAGCUGACCUGUGAGGUAAGGACUGAUCUGUGUAUGUGCUUUAUUUUUACAGGUGGUCUGGGGGAGACCAGUGUUCUGCAUGUGAGGUCAAAUGAGCAGCAGUGAGUGCAUUUCUUUGUCACUAUUUCAGAUCCUUCUUGUUUUUGAAGACUGCAGCUACACUGGUGUAGUGUAAGGUUCUGUGUCCAUGGAGGAAACGUCUGCAGGGGUGGUUUGAUCUGAAACCUAGCUCUCCUCUGUGUUUCAGAGCUCCUGGACAGAGGCACUGGAAUGUGCAAUCUCCUCUCCGCCGGAAGAGAAAACCUAAAUUUUAGAGGAUGGACUGCUUGAUUUCUUCUCUUUGACUUUUUGGUCUCUAAAACUCUCUUACAUUUGGAUUCCUUUUUGCAUGUUUCUCAUCUCCUUUCUUUUUUCUUGUCUGUGUUUGUGUCACAGUUUGUCUCUUUUGUAAUAAACUGCACAUUUCAAUACUUA